UUGUCAUAUGAGUUCAUGGUUCACGUUUUAUCACAUUGCCGUGGCAGCGUUUCUAGCUACAACAUGGGAAUUGGGAACGACAAGUGACAGUGUGAUGACUGUAUGUGAAGUUUAGUGUGAACGACAGUGUAGAAAAUAACAGUUUUAUGUACUGGAUCUUAUCCUAGAUCUGUAUUUCUGCCGGAGGUUGGCGGGGGCAAACAGCAGUCACGAUGGUGAAAGAGCAGUUUAGAGAGACUGAUGUGGCCAAAAAAAUGUAAGUAUGUCCAGUUAGCUAGCUUGCUGGUUCACUGCUAGCCAUUAUCCAUAAAUAUUUCCCCAGUCCUCUAGCUAUGAGUAUUGUUUGUAAAUAACUACGUAAAGCCGCUUGCAAUUUGUCACAUGAGCUUGCUUUCAUAGCUAGCUAGCUUUUUGCAAUUGCAUCAUUGAUUGAACAGUGUCAGCAAUGCUGGUGGUAACCAGUUUAGAUAGCUAGCUAGCUAAACAUACAAUCAUAACACAUCACAUCCCCACCUGGCUAAUAGUGGUAGUAUAUCGAACUCAUCUUGCCAUGAUCACUGACACUCUUGCUAAGUACAUAGUGAUAAAGCAUGAGGUGUAGAGAGGAAUCUGCAUUCCAAUCAAGUACGAAGUAGCCUCAAGUAGACAUAUAGCAAUGCAAUGCUGACCAUACAUUACAAAUGACUCCCAAUUGACCCCUAAACUAUAGCUUGUUAUCAUAGGCAGUUCUUGCUUGGGUAGGACCUAUUUGCUAGUUGACAUACUAGCCAGUGUCUAAUUUUCCCCUAUGCUGAGUUGGCUGUCAAUUCCGUCUAUCUCUAUGUAAACAGAAGCCACAUCUGUUUUGGGAUGAAGUCGGCUGAGCAGAUGAGACAGCAGGCUCAUAUCCAGGUGGUCAGUAAGAACCUGUACAGCCAGGACACCAGCCAUACCCCGCUACCAUACGGAGUACUGGACCAUCGCAUGGUAAGAACCUGUACAGCCAGUACACCAGCCAUACCCCGCUACCAUACGGAGUACUGGACCAUCGCAUGGUGGGGCUAACACAUUCGUACGCAUACACGCGUACAUACACACAACACCCUAUAUGGAGUACUGGGCCAUCACAUGGUACGUACUGACAACACUCACACACCUCAAUGCAGGGAUGGGAUGUGCCACUGUACUCCACAUUUUGUAUAUAUCCAAACUGAUACAUGGAGAAGACUGAAAUACUGCAGAAUUUUUCCCGGAAAACUGCCCUUUUCGUCUUCUCAUGCUAGGUAGCAGUAGCCAUUAUGGAAUGGCAUGUCACGUUGAACAACAAAGGAGCUGAUUGGCUUACACUGCCAUUCCAAAAUGGCGGCGGUGGCUACUGCUAGCUAGCAUGAGGACGAAUUAGCAGUAUUUCAGUCUUCUCGAUGUAUCAGUUUGGAUAUAGGUAAAAUUUGUAGUACAGUGGCACAUCCCCUCCCUGCAUUGAGGUAAGUUUUCCGACUCAUAUCCCGCGCCAGCUCCGAGGUGUCUUAAUUAAACCAUGAUUGCGUUCCGACCCCAGUGCAGCUCAGUGUAAACAAGCGUAACGGUAGGGUCGGAAUCUGCUGGCUAUGUUUGGCAUAGCACAGAGAAUUCGACCAACCUUAAAGGAAAACCCCACCUAAAAAACCAUCUUUUGAUAUUUUUUUUAUUAGUCCAUUGUUGAUCUAGUCCCAAAAUGUUUUGCAUGUCAGCAAUCAAGUUUUCAAGACAUUCUGAAAGUAUUUUGAAAGAUGUAUGUCUUAAACUGGACUGCUGACAUGCAAAACAUUUUGGGACUAUAUCAACAAUGGACUAAUGAAACAAAUACCGAAAGAUAGUUUUUGGGUGGAAUUUUCCAUUAACUUGAAAUCUUUUAAAAUGUCUGUGUCCACAAGCGUAACGGUAGGGUGGGAAUCUGCUGGCUACGCCAAAUAGUACCUAUCCUGUAACGGCUAAUGGAGCAUCACAUUAGCGCGUUAGAAUCUGCUAGCUAAACCAUCGCAUGGUAUGUACUGACAACACACGCGUGUAUACACACAGACACACACACACACACCCACCCAACACACUUUCUACAAGAAUCCAGGGCUGGUUUCUCUGAACAAGAUCAAGCCUCACCCUGUACUAAAAAGCAUGCUCAAAGUGCUUUAAAGUGGUGUUUAGUCUGGGUCUGGGAAACUGUCCCCAAGUGUAUUGGUUGUUUUGACCCAACUGUCAUGUUAUAUUCCAGGGAACCAGUGAGAAGGAUCGUCCAUGUGAGACGUGUGGGAAGAACCUGGCUGACUGUCUGGGACACUAUGGAUAUCUGGACCUGGAGAUGCCCUGUUUUCAUGUGGGCUAUUUCAAAGCCAUCAUUGGAAUCCUACAGGUAAGUUCACUCUCUCUCUCUCUCUCUCUCUCUAUAUAUAUAUAUAUAUAUAUAUAUAUAUAUAUAUAUAUAUAUAUAUAUAUAUAUAUAUAUAUAUAUAUAUAUAUACAUGCAUACAUACAUGCAUACAUACAUACAUACAUACAUACAUACAUACAUACAUACAUACAUACAUACAUACAUACAUACAUACAUACAUACAUACACACACACACACUACCAGUCAAAGGUUUGGACACACCUACUCAUUCCAGGGUUUUUCUUUAUUUUUACUAUUUUUUACAUUUUAGUCAUUUAGCAGACGCUCUUAUCCAGAGUUAGUGAGUGCAUACAUUUUCAUACUGGCCCCCCGUGGGAAUCGAACCCACAACCCUGGCGUUUCAAACGCCAUGCUCUACCAACUGAGCUACACGGGGGGCUACAUUGUAGAAUAAUAGUGAAGACAUCAAAACUAUGAAAUAACACAUAUGGAAUCAUGUAGUAACUAAAAAAGUGUUAAACAAAUCAAAAUAUAUUUUAUAUUUGAGAUUCUUCAAAUAGCUUCCCUUUGCCUUGAUGACAGCUUUGCACACUCUUGGCAUUCUCUCAACCAGCUUCACCUGGAAUGCUUUUCCAACAGUCUUUAUGGAGUUCCCACAUAUGCUGAGCACUUGUUGGCUGCUUUUCCUUCAGUCUGCCGUCCGACUCAUCCCAAACCAUCUCAACCGGGUUGAGGUCGGGGGAUUGUGGAGGCCAGGUCAUCUGAUGCAGCACUCCAUCACUCUCCUUCUUGGUAAAAUAUCCCUUACACAGCCUGGAGGUGUGUUGGGUCAUUGUUCUGUUGAAAAACAAAUGAUAGUCCAACUAAGCCCAAACCAGAUGGGAUGGUGUAGUGUGCCUUUAAUUCUAAAUAAAUCACAGACAGUGUCACCAGCAAAGCACCCCCACACAAUAACACCUCCUCCAUGCUUCACGGUGGGAACUACACAUGGGGAGAUAAUAAUAAUAAUAAUAAUAAUAAUAAUAAUAAUAAUAAUAUGCCAUUUAGCAGACGCUUUUAUCCAAAGCGACUUACAGUCAUGCGUGCAUACAUUUUUUUUUGUUUUUGUGUAUGGGUAGUCCCGGGGAUCGAACCCACUACCUUGGCGUUACAAGCGCCGUGCUCUACCAGCUGAGCUACAGAGGACCACAGAUGAUCCGUUCACCCACACCGCGUCUCACAAAGACACGGCGGUUGGAACAAAAAAUCUCAAAUUUGGACUCUAGACCAAAGGACAAAUUUCCACAGGUCUAAUGUCCAUUGCUCAUGUUUCUUGGCCCAAGCAGGUCUCUUCUUAUUGGUGUCCUUUAGUAGUGGUUUCUUUGCAGCAAUUCGACCAUGAAGGCCUGAUUCACACAGUCCCCUCUGAACAGUUGAUGUUGAGAUGUGUCUGUUACUUGAACUCUGUGGUCCUCUGUAGCUCAGCUGGUAGAGCACGGCGCUUGUAACGCCAGUGUAGUGGGUUCGAUCUCCGGGACCACCCAUAGACAAAAAUGUAUUUAUUUGGGCUGCAAUUUCUGAGGCUGGUAACUCUAAUUAACUUAUCCUCUGCAGCAGAGGUAACUCUGGGUCUUCCAUUCCUGUGGCGGUCCUCAUGAGAGCCAGUUUCAUCAUAGCACUUUAUGGUUUUUGUGACUGCACUUGAAGAAACGUUCAAAGUUCUUGACAUUUUCCAUAUUGACUGACCUUCAUGUCUUAAAGUAACGAUGGACUGUCAGCUUAUUUGAGCUGUUCUUGCCAUAAUAUUUACUUGGUCUUUUACCAAAUAGGGCUAUCUUCUGUAUACCCCCCCUACCUUGUCACAACACAAGUGAUUGGCUCAAACACAUUAAGAAGGAAAUAAAUUCCACAAAUUAACUUUUAAGAAGGCAAACCUGUUAAUUGAAAUGCAUUCCAGGUGACUACCUCAUGAAGCUGGUUGAGAGAAUGCCAAGAGAGUGCAAAGCUGUCAUCAAGGCAAAGGGUGGCUAUUUGAAGAAUCUCAAAUAUAAAAUAUAUUUUGAUUUGUUUAACACUUUUUUGGUUACUACAUGAUUCCAUAUGUGUUAUUUCAUAGUUUUGAUGUCUUCACUAUUAUUCUACAAUGUAAAAAAUAGUAAAAAUUAAGAAAAACCCUUGAAUGAGUAGGUGUGUCCAAACUUUUGACUGGUAGUGUACAUACAUAUAUACAUAUACCUGUAACUGACAAAAUAAAGGAAACACCUGAGUAACUGAGGGAUGCAAUGUAGGCUAUAUAGAAAGCAGGUGCUUACACACAGGUGUUGUUCCUGAGUUAAUUAAGCAAUUAACAUCCCAUCAUGCUUAGGGUCAUGUAUAAAAAUGCUCAGUUGCCCAUUAUUUUGGCCACCAAGGCUAGAAGAGGAGAUCUCAGUGAUAUUGAAAGAGGGGGUCUCAAAGGAGCAUAUUGGAUUUAAAGGGUGUGUGGGUGUCUCAGUCAGCAGAUCGCUGCCCAAGUUAACACGUAUGGGAGAUUCUGGAGCGGCGCUUGAGACAGUGUUUUCCACAACCAAUCAACAAAACACCAAAUUAUGGAAUUUCUCAUGGAAGAAUGCAACACGCAUCCCUCUGAUUGAGUUCCAGACACUUGUAGAAUCAACGCCAAGGGGGAAGCUGUUCUGGCGGCUCGUGGUCGCCCAACGCCCACUUUAUGUUGAUGUUUACUUUAUUUAGGCAGUUACCUGUAUAUAUUUAUCUUCUCUCUGUCUCUCUCUCUACAAUGGAGCAAACUAAAUAUGACAUUACUGGACUGCACUCUGAGUAGCCUACAUCACAACCUUGAUCAUCCUCAUUCAAUUAUCAUAGUUACUUCUUUGACUCUUUUGCUAUGUGAUUGUUGUUCAAGCUGGCCCAUCAUAACAUCAUGUGAUUGUUGUUCAAGCUGGCCCAUCAUAACAUCAUGUGAUUGUUGUUCAAGCUGGCCCAUCAUAACAUCAUGUGGUUGUUGUUCAAGCUGGCCCAUCAUAACAUCAUGUGGUUGUUGUUCAAGCUGGCCCAUCAUAACAUCCUGUGGUUGUUGUUCAAGCUGGCCCAUCAUAACAUCAUGUGGUUGUUGUUCAAGCUGGCCCAUCAUAACAUCAUGUGGUUGUUGUUCAAGCUGGCCCAUCAUAACAUCAUGUGGUUGUUGUUCAAGCUGGCCCAUCAUAACAUCAUGUGAUUGUUGUUGCAAGCUGGCCCAUCAUAACAUCAUGUGGUUGUUGUUCAAGUUGGCGCAUUAUAACAUAAUGGGUGUUUCUCAAAAAUGCAUACUACCGUGCUCCAAGCACGGGAGGGUCGGAGUAUGAGUCCAAAUCAAAGUAUGCGAAACAGAGCACGGAGGGCACUUCUCGAAUGCAUACUCCGUUUGUACAUAUUUUGAAGCAUUGCAUCGAUGCAAGCUUCAACGGAAAGUAUGCAAAGAAGUAUGACGCAACCAUGUUAAAAAAAAAAAAAAAAAGGAUGCACAUUUUCUUGAAAUCAAUGGUGGCCAUUAUUUGAGCUGAAGCGAGAGAAAAUACACUCUUACUUUAGAAAGACAUGUUGCCUAUCCACGUCUCAUAUGUUGCCUGACAUGAUACGUUAAUAAAUACAUGCUGUGUUAAUUUUGGCAUGGUUACCAGCCAACAAGCCCAUAGUAAGUCAACCGGGUUAACUGGCUAGCUACUAGUACUUUUAGCUAGCCAGAUAGACAUGAAGAAUUGUUAGCUAGCUAUCCACGAAGAAUUGACAUCUCCCUUGGAUAACAUUGGUUUUAGGUCAUUUUUGCCUGUUUAACUAGCUAGCUGGCUAGCUAGAUUACAACAAUUCACAGCUAGCUGAUAAUUAUGAAGUAAAUCGUUUGCUUUGUGUAUAUCUUGUUUGGUCUCUAUUGUUGCCAUUGUCCUGGCUGGGAGAAGGUUCAGUGAAUGGGGAGAUGCAGCGUGAGGUAAUACAUUAGGGGGAGUGCGAGUGCUUCUCAAAUGUUUUAUGCAUUCUCCACACUCUCGUCCUCACAAGAACGUACUCAAGAGAAUACACUUGGAGCAUGUGGGUGUGGAGCACGGUAGUAUGCAAAUUGAGAAAGACCCAAUGUGAUUGUUGUUCAUGUUGUUCCAUUAUAACAUCAUGUGAUUGUUGUUCAUGUUGUUCCAUUAUAACAUCAUGUGAUUGUUGUUCAUGUUGUUCCAUUAUAACAUAAUGUGAUUGUUGUUCCAUUAUAACAUCAUGUGAUUGUUGUAUCCCUCCAGAUGAUCUGUAAGACGUGUUCUCACAUCAUGCUGACCAAAGAGGAGAAGCUGCAGUUCAUGGAUGUGUUGAAGAGGCCAGGCCUAGCGUACCUCCAGAAACGAGGACUGAAGAAGAAGAUAUCCGACAAAUGCCGCAAAAGGACAUUGUGUCUCAAUUGCUCCACGUUAAAUGGUAGACUGUUUGAGGUUGGAUAUUGACAUAUUGUUAAGUUGUAUUUGAAUUGAGUUGGGUUUAGUUGAGUUGAAAGCAUAGCCCAGGUGGUGGUUGGAGUGACUGAUGCUAUCUUCGUUCUACUCUUUUAACAGGACUGGUGAAGAAGUGUGGCCUGCUGAAGAUCCUCCACGAGAAAUACAAGACAACCAAGAAAGUGGUGGACGCUGUAGUAUCUGACUUUCUCAACUCCUUCGAUAUCGCAAUAGAACACAACAAAGAAGUGGAGGGCUUGCUCAACAGGGCUCAGGUGAGUCACGAUGAAGGCAACUAGGGCUUGCUCAGCAGGGCUCAGGUGAGUCACGAUGAAGGCAACUAGGGCUUGCUCAGCAGGGCUCAGGUGAGUCACGUUGAAGGCAACUAUGGCUUGCUCAGCAGUCACGUUGAAGGCAACUAUGGCUUGCUCAGCAGGGCUCAGGUGAGUCACGUUGAAGGCAACUAUGGCUUGCUCAACAGGGCUCAGGUGAGUCACGUUGAAGGCAACUAUGGCUUGCUCAACAGGGCUCAGGUGAGUCACUUUGAAGGCAACUAGGGCUUGCUCAGCAGGGCUCAGGUGAGUCACGUUGAAGGCAACUAUGGCUUGCUCAGCAGGGCUCAGGUGAGUCACGUUGAAGGCAACUAUGGCUUGCUCAACAGGGCUCAGGUGAGUCACGUUGAAGGCAACUAUGGCUUGCUCAACAUGGCUCAGGUGAGUCACGUUGAAGGCAACUAUGGCUUGCUCAACAGGGCUCAGGUGAGUCACGUUGAAGGCAACUAUGGCUUGCUCAGCAGGGCUCAGGUGAGUCACGUUGAAGGCAACUAUGGCUUGCUCAACAGGGCUCAGGUGAGUCACGUUGAAGGCAACUAUGGCUUGCUCAACAGGGCUCAGGUGAGUCACUUUGAAGGCAACUAGGGCUUGCUCAGCAGGGCUCAGGUGAGUCACGUUGAAGGCAACUAUGGCUUGCUCAGCAGGGCUCAGGUGAGUCACGUUGAAGGCAACUAUGGCUUGCUCAACAGGGCUCAGGUGAGUCACGUUGAAGGCAACUAUGGCUUGCUCAGCAGGGCUCAGGUGAGUCACGUUGAAGGCAACUAUGGCUUGCUCAGCAGGGCUCAGGUGAGUCACGUUGAAGGCAACUAUGGCUUGCUCAAAAGGGCUCAGGUGAGUCACGUUGAAGGCAACUAUGGCUUGCUCAGCAGGGCUCAGGUGAGUCACGUUGAAGGCAACUAUGGCUUGCUCAACAAUGCUCAGGUGAGUCACGUUGAAGGCAACUAUGGCUUGCUCAGCAGGGCUCAGGUGAGUCACGUUGAAGGCAACAAUGGCUUGCUCAGCAGGGCUCAGGUGAGUCACGUUGAAGGCAACUAUGGCUUGCUCAGCAGGGCUCAGGUGAGUCACGUUGAAGGCAACUAUGGCAACUUCUAACAGUUUGCAUGUCUACUUUCUAGAGGUCAUAUGAGGAUUUUAAUGGUUUGCUUUGUAUAGUUUUCCCUUAGCAGCGACUGACAGCACAGAGUUCAUACAGGGUUAGUAUAUGGGAUACUUGUCGGAAUUGAACCCACAACCUUGGUAUGACUAGAGCCACACUCUUCUUACCAACUGGGCCACACAGGACCACACAGGUUUUAAAAACGUACGGAUCAUGUCCUUCACCCCGAUGGAGAACCUGAGUCCUCUGGUGGUGCUGAACCUCUUCAAAAUUAGUCUGUCUGUAUCCGGGAAACUGGCCCUUUAAGGUUUUAAAUGCUGACUGAUUGACCCUUCAUGACCUGUGAUUUCCAGGAGAACCUGAGUCCUCUGGUGGUGUUGAACCUCUUCAAAAUGAGUCUGUAUCCGGGAAACUGGCCCUUAAGGUUUUAAAUGCUGACUGAUUGACCUUCAGGUCCUGUGGUUUCCAGGAGAACCUGAGUCCUCUGGUGGUGUUGAACCUGUUCAAGAGGAUUCCAGCGGAGGACAUUCCCCUGCUCCUGAUGAACCCUGAGGCAGGGAAGCCUGCAGACCUCAUCCUCACUCGUCUGCUGGUACCUCCACUCUGCAUCCGCCCCUCUGUCAUCUCAGACCUCAAGGCAGGUACUAAUGAGGAUGACCUCACCAUGAAGCUCACAGAGAUCAUCUUCCUCAAUGACGUCAUCAAGAAGGUGGGUACAUUACGUUUUUUACAUUUUAGUCAUGUAUGAUGUCAUCGAGAAUGUGGGUGUCAUGGGAUUGGGAGGGUAGCAGGAAGUGUCGAUGAAUUUGUGAUUUAAUUGUUUUAUGAAUAGGGCCGGGAGUUUUUCCAGGAACUGAUCAGGAAAACCUCUGGGCCCUAGUAGGCUAUUACUAACUAGUUGGUCAGCUCAGGAAAACCUCCUGGGCCUUUUUUUAUGAAAGUAAUAACACAAGACAGAAAGGCGAUUUGUUGCAGUUAUUGUGUUGUUGUCUAAUGAAUGAUAAAUGAAUUGAUCCGCCCUCCUCCCAUGCUGUCCCACAGCACCGUAUGUCAGGGGCCAAGACCCAGAUGAUCAUGGAGGACUGGGACUUCCUCCAGCUGCAAUGUGCUCUCUACAUCAACAGUGAGCUCUCUGGCAUCCCCCUCAACAUGGCCCCUAAGAAGUGGACCAGAGGCUUCGUUCAGAGACUCAAGGGCAAACAAGGUCUCGCUUGUAGAAAUAGAGUGAUUUCUAUUCUAAUGAUUUAAUAGUUACCUGUCGUCUGUUCUGAUUUCUAGUUCUGUGGUCACUCUCACCAUCUUAUUAUUGAUAGUUGACACUGAACUCGUCAAUGUCAUGUCUUUUGUCAUAAACAAUUGAAACUAUUUUUUUCAGUCGAUUUUAGUUUAUUUACACAGCUGACUCAGAAACAGAAAGUGUCCUAAUUGAUUGUAGAGCCAUUUAAUCACAAAGUAUACAGUGGAAUGUUGUUCUCCACUGCUGCCUUGGAUUGAUAAGAAUUUGGAUUAGGUAGUGAUACUUUGUGGUGUCUCUCUCAGGGCGAUUCCGUGGAAACCUCUCGGGGAAAAGAGUGGAUUUCUCUGGGAGAACGGUCAUCUCUCCGGACCCCAACCUGCGGAUCGAUGAGGUGGCAGUCCCUGUACACGUAGCCAAGAUCCUGACCUACCCAGAGAAGGUAAGACUCCUAUUGGUCACACUUUAAACUAACUAAAACGUAUAAAGGCUUUAUAAGAAUUAAGGCUGUCUACGUUAACGUGUUAAGGCGCACAUUUUUUUUUUAUGCUGUUAAUUGCUUUGACGCUUUUAAUCGCUUCUCCGUUUCUUUACCGCACGGACCCUUUUUAAGCGCACGUGUUUCAGCACGGACCCUUUUAAGCGCAACACGCUCUGUGCGGUGAACAGUCAGUCUGCGCUCGGUCUCAGUAGCGCUGCCUGUCUCUAUUGUGGUGCUCUAUGCACGCAGCUUUGAGCGACCGUUUUGCAGGAAACCCAACAGAAAGUCCUACCAUAAACACAUUCCCAGGCCUUUCUUUAGAUAACAGCAAAAACAUAAUUUGUACAGAAGUAGCAAACUAGUUAUGCUAACGUUAGCUAGCUAGUCAAAAUAAUGUUAACAUUUUUUUUUUUUUUUUUUUACAUUUUUAGUCAUUUAGCAGAUGACCUCAGACCUGGCUGACCUGUUGUUAUUGUCUUCUGUGGAAGUCAGAACGUUGUUGGACAGGUUCCAAAGCCCUUUGUUCUAUGUAUCCAUAGAGCUAGUUCUUUUUUUCCUAUUGUCCAACCCUCCAAUCAGAAAUUGGGAGAACACUCAUAUAGAACGCCUGAAGCUUUAACUAAGUGUUAAACUUCCAGAAUAUUGAUAAGAGGAAGUACUUCUACUUAACCACUGGGAGCAUUAAUAGCUGCAUGUUACAGUGACUUUUGUGUUGUUUAUUGUGAAAAUGCCAUUAAAACAUUUUGAUACAGAUUAUUUUGGAUUUCUUUCCUUUACAAUCAAAACAAAGUAACUCAAUGCACUGCUUUUUAAUGGGUUUUUUUCAAAUUUAAGGCCAAAUUGCGGUGAGUCGCGAUGAACUAAUUCCAUUAACUCGAUUUUAAUUAUUUUAAUCAUUUGACAGCCCUAAUAAGAAUACAUCAAUUGUUCAUAAGCGCUACAUAGAUGCUUUACAAAUCAUGAUGGAUCACAGGGGAGGUUGAGGGCCUUUUUUAGCCAGCUUACCAUUAAGAAGUAACAUACACAGUACACUAUUGUAAAUAUCCCAUCUGUGGGUGUCCUGUUGUAUGCCCUGAGACCUCUAACUUGUUGUGCCCCCAGGUGAACAAGGCCAACUUGGAGAUGCUGAGGAAGCUGGUGCGUAGCGGUCCGGAGGUCCACCCUGGAGCCAACUUCAUCCAGCAACGACACACCCAGAUGAAAAGGUGAGGACAGUUAUAUUUGACAUGUUGGUCAUUUUAAAAAGCAUGAGCUUGACCUACAACCCAAAAUGUUGAAGAAGGCACUACCUGCCAAAACGUUGGUUAGGUUUACCCAUUGAAUUGUUGAAAGCAUAUAUAUAUAUAUAUAUAUAUAUAUAUAUAUACACAGUGGGGAAAAAAAAUAUUUAGUCAGCCACCAAUUGUGCAAGUUCUCCCACUUAAAAAGAUGAGAGAGGCCUGUAAUUUUCAUCAUAGGUACACGUCAACUAUGACAGACAAAAUGAGAGAAAAAAAAUCCAGAAAAUCACAUUGUAGGAUUUUUAAUGAAUUUAUUGGCAAAUGAUGGUGGAAAAUAAGUAUUUGGUCAAUAACAAAAGUUUCUCAAUACUUUGUUAUAUACCCUUUGUUGGCAAUGACACAGGUCAAACGUUUUCUGUAAGUCUUCACAAGGUUUUCACACACUGUUGCUGGUAUUUUGGCCCAUUCCUCCAUGCAGAUCUCCUCUAGAGCAGUGAUGUUUUGGGGCUGUCGCUGGGCAACACAGACUUUCAACUCCCUCCAAAGAUUUUCUAUGGGGUUGAGAUCUGGAGACUGGCUAGGCCACUCCAGGACCUUGAAAUGCUUCUUACGAAGCCACUCCUUCGUUGCCCGGGCGGUGUGUUUGGGAUCAUUGUCAUGCUGAAAGACCCAGCCAUGUUUCAUCUUCAAUGCCCUUGCUGAUGGAAGGAGGUUUUCACUCAAAAUCUCACGAUACAUGGCCCCAUUCAUUCUUUCCUUUACACGGAUCAGUCGUCCUGGUCCCUUUGCAGAAAAACAGCCCCAAAGCAUGAUGUUUCCACCCCCAUGCUUCACAGUAGGUAUGGUGUUCUUUGGAUGCAACUCAGCAUUCUUUGUCCUCCAAACACGACGAGUUGAGUUUUUACCAAAAAGUUAUAUUUUGGUUUCAUCUGACCAUAUGACAUUCUCCCAAUCCUCUUCUGGAUCAUCCAAAUGCACUUCAGACGGGCCUGGACAUGUACUGGCUUAAGCAGGGGGACACGUCUGGCACUGCAGGAUUUGAGUCCCUGGCGGCGUAGUGUGUUACUGAUGGUAGGCUUUGUUACUUUGGUCCCAGCUCUCUGCAGGUCAUUCACUAGGUCCCCCCGUGUGGUUCUGGGAUUUUUGCUCACCGUUCUUGUGAUCAUUUUGACCGCACGGGGUGAGAUCUUGCGUGGAGCCCCAUAUCGAGGGAGAUUAUCAGUGGUCUUGUAUGUCUUCCAUUUCCUAAUAAUUGCUCCCACAGUUGAUUUCUUCAAACCAAGCUGCUUACCUAUUGCAGAUUCAGGCUUCCCAGCCUGGUGCAGGUCUACAAUUUUGUUUUUGGUGUCCUUUGACAGCUCUUUGGUCUUGGCCAUUGUGGAGUUUGGAGUGUGACUGUUUGAGGUUGUGGACAGGUGUCUUUUAUACUGAUAACAAGUUCAAACAGGUGCCAUUAAUACAGGUAACGAGUGGAGGACAGAGGAGCCUCUUAAAGAAGAAGUUACAGGUCUGUGAGAGCCAGAAAUCUUGCUUGUUUGUAGGUGACCAAAUACUUAUUUUCCACCAUAAUUUGCAAAUAAAUUCAUUAAAAAUCCUACAAUGGGAUUUUCUGGAUUUUUUUUUCUCAAUUUGUCUGUCAUAGUUGACGUGUACCUAUGAUGAAAAUUACAGGCCUCUCUCAUCUUUUUAAGUGGGAGAACUUGCACAAUUGGUGGCUGACUAAAUACUUUUUUUCCCCACUGUAUAUAUAUAAACUCAGCAAAAAAAAGAAACAUCCUCUCACUGUCAACUGCGUUUAUUUUCAGCAAACUUAACAUGUGUAAAUAUUUGUAUGAACAUAACAAGAUUCAACAACUGAGACAUAAACUGAACAAGUUCCACAGACAUGUGACUAACAGAAAUGGAAUAAUGUGUCCCUGAACAAAGGGGGGAGGGGGGUCAAAAUCAAAAGUAACAGUCAGUAUCUGGUGUGGCCACCAGCUGCAUUAAGUACUACAGUGCAUCUCCUCCUCAUGGACUGCACCAGAUUUGCCAGUUCUUGCUGUGAGAUGUUACCCCACUCUUCCACCAAGGCACCUGCAAGUUCCCAGACAUUUCUGGGGGGAAUGGCCCUAGCCCUCACCCUCCGAUCCAACAGAUCCCAGACGUGCUCAAUGGGAUUGAGAUCCGGGCUCUUCGCUGGCCUUGGCAGAACACUGACAUUCCUGUCUUGCAGGAAAUCAUGCACAGAACGAGCAGUAUGGCUGGUGGCAUUGUCAUGCAGGAGGGUCAUGUCAGGAUGAGCCUGCAGGAAGGGUACCACAUGAGGGAGGAGGAUGUCUUCCCUGUAACGCAUAGCGUUGAGAUUGCCUGCAAUGACAACAAGCUCAGUCCGAUGAUGCUGUGACACACCGCCCCAGACCAUGACGGACCCUCCACCUCCAAAUCGAUCCCGCUCCAGAGUACAGGCCUCGGUGUAACGCUCAUUCCUUCGACGAUAAACGCGAAUCCGACCAUCACCCCUGGUGAGACAAAACCGUGAGGACCUGCCUUACAACAGGCCUAUAAGCCCUCAGUCCAGCCUCUCUCAGCCUAUUGCGGACAGUCUGAGCACUGAUGGAGGGAUUGUGCGUUCCUGGUGUAACUCGGGCAGUUGUUGUUGCCAUCCUGUACCUGUCCCGCAGGUGUGAUGUUCAGAUGUACCGAUCCUGUGCAGGUGUUGUUAAACGUGGUCUGCCACUGCGAGGACGAUCAGCUGUCCAUCCUGUCUCCCUGUAGCGCUGUCUUAGGCGUCUCACAGUACAGACAUUGCAAUUUAUUGCCCUGGCCACAUCUGCAGUCCUCAUGCCUCCUUGCAGCAUGCCUAAGGCACGUUCACGCAGAUGAGCAGGGACCCUGGGCAUCUUUCUUUUGGUGUUUUUCAGAGUCAGUAGAAAGGCCUCUUUAGUGUCCUAAGUUUUCAUAACUGUGACCUUAAUUGCCUACCGUCUGUAAGCUGUUAGUGUCUCAACGACCGUUCCACAGGUGCAUGUUCAUUUAAGUGUUUAUGGUUAAUUGAACAAGCAUGGAAACAGUGUUUAAACCCUUUACAAUGAAGAUCUGAGAAGUUAUUUGGAUUUUUACAAAUUAUCAUUGAAAGACGGUCCUGAAAAGGGGACAUUUAUUUUUUUUGCUGAGUUUAUAUAGUGUAACUUUCUUUCUUUUGAUACAUUUUAGUCAUUUAAAGGGAUACCUUGGGGAUUUUGGCUUGAGGCCCUUUAUCUACUUCCUCAGUCAGAUGAACUGGUGGAUACCAGUUGAAUGUCUCGGUGUCCUGGACCCUGGUUCAUCUGACUGAGGAAGUAGAUAAAAGGCCUCAUUGUCAAAAUCCCAAAGUAUCCCUUUAAUAGAUGCUCUUAUCCGUUGUCCAUCUAAACUUAAACUUUGGUUAUAGGCCUAGAUCUAAAGUUAAACUUUGGUUAUAGGCCUAGAUCUAAAGUUAAACUGUGGUUAUAGGCCUAGAUCUAAAGUUAAACUUUGGUUAUAGGCCUAGAUCUAAACUUAAACUGUGGUUAUAGGCCUAGAUCUAAACUUAAACUGUGGUUAUAGGCCUAGAUCUAAACUUUGUAUGAAACCACAUGUUUAGGUGUACCGUGCCUUGCAAAAGUAUUCAUCCCCCUUGGCGUUUUUACCUAUUUUGUUGGAAUUAUAACCUGUAAUUUAAAUGGAUUUUUAUUUGGAAUUCAUGUAAUGGACAUACACAAAAUAGUCCAAAUUGGUGAAGUGAAAUGAAAAAAGUAACUUGUUUCAAAAAAUUUUAGAAAAAAAUAACGGAAAAGUGGUGCGUGCAUAUGUAUUCACCCCCUUUGCUAUGAAGCCCCUAAAUAAGAUCUGGUGCAACCAAUUACCUUCAGAAGUCACAUAAUUAGUUAAAUAAAGUCCACCUGUGUGCGAUCUAAGUGUCACAUGAUCUCAGUAUAUAUACACCUGUUCUGAAAGGCCCCAGAGUCUGCAACACCACUAAGCAAGGGGCACCACCAAGCAAGCGGCACCAUGAAGACCAAGGAGCUCUCCAAACAGGUCAGGGACAAAGUUGUGGAGAAGUACAGAUCAGGGUUGGGUUAUAACAAAAUAUCAGAAACUUUGAACAUCCCACGGAGCACCAUUAAAACCAUUAUUAAAAAAUGGAAAGAAUAUGGCACCACAGCAAACCUGCCAAGAGAGGGCCGCCCACCAAAACUCACGGACCAGGCAAGGAGGGCAUUAAUCAGUGAGGCAACAAAGAGACCAAAGAUAACCCUGAAGGAGCUGCAAAGCUCCACAGUGGAGAUUGGAGUAUCUGUCCAUAGGACCACUUUAAGCCGUACACUCCACAGAGCUGGGCUUUACGGAAGAUUGGCCAGAAAAAAGCCAUUGCCUAAAGAAAAAAAUAAGCAAACACGUUUGGUGUUCGCCAAAAGGCAUGUGGGAGACUCCCCAAACAUGGAAGAAGGUUCUCUGGUCAGAUGAGACUAAAAUUGAGCUUUUUGGCCAUCAAGAAAAAUGUCUGCCGCAAACCCAACACCUCUCAUCACCCCAAGAACACCAUCCAUGGCAGCAUCAUGCUGUGGGGAUGUUUUUCAUCUGCAGGGACUGGGAAACUGGUCAGAAUUGAAGGAAUGAUGGAUGGCGCUAAAUACAGGGAAAUUCUUGAGGGAAACCUGUUUCAGUCUUCCAGAGAUUUGAGACUGGGACGGAGGUUCACCUUCCAGCAGGACAAUGACCCUAAGCAUACUGCUAAAGCAACAGUCAAGUGGUUUAAGGGGAAACAUUUAAAUGUCUUGGAAUGGCCUAGUCAAAGCCCAGACCUCAAUCCAAUUGAGAAUCUGUGGUAUGACUUAAAGAUUGCUGUACACAAGCGGAACCCAUCCAACUUGAAGGAGCUGGAGCAGUUUUGCCUUGAAGAAUGGGCAAAAAUCCCAGUGGCUAGAUGUGCCAAGCUUAUAGAGACAUACCCCAAGAGACUUGCAGCUGUAAUUGCUGGAAAAGGUGGCUCUACAAAGUAUUGACUUUGGGGGGGUUGAAUAGUUAUUCCACACUCAAGUUUUCUGUUUUUUUGUGUCUUAUUUCUUGUUUGUUUCACAAGAAAAAAUAUUUUGCAUCUUGAAAGUGGUAGGCAUGUUGUGUAAAUCAAAUGAUACAAACCCCCCAAAAAAUCCAUUUUAAUUCCAGGUUGUAAGGCAACAAAAUAGGAAAUAUGCCAAGGGGGGGGGUGAAUAAAUUUUGCAAGCCACUGUAUCCGUUCUAAGAGUAUUCCUGGUGUGUGUGUGUGUGUGUGUGUGUGUGUUUGUCUUCAGGUUUCUGAAGUACGGGAACCGAGAGAAGAUGGCCCAGGAGCUGAGGUUUGGAGACGUGGUGGAGAGACACAUGAUCGAUGGAGACAUCGUCCUCUUCAACCGACAGCCCUCUCUACACAAACUCAGCAUCAUGGCUCAUAUCGUGAGUGAUCUCUCUCUCCACAUCACACACCCAUCCUUCACUUUGGCUCUCCGUCUGGAAACUGUUAGGUUAUGCACUGUGCUGACUCCAUUUCAACGUUGUGUAGUCAGGAAGGGAACCUCCCUGUCAGAAGUUGGAGAUUUUAUGUGAUGUAUCUUAGGGUUGUCUGUUUAUACCAGCUUUGUCAUGUAGUUAUUACUGUUUUGGAUGUAUCGAGAGUCCACUUUUAUUUCAGGCACACCUCAAUGAAAUCCUUAUUGUAUUCAUCUUUGUCUGUCCUUAAAGGCCAAAGUGAAACCUCACAGAACGUUCCGGUUCAACGAGUGUGUGUGCACGCCAUACAACGCUGACUUUGACGGGGACGAGAUGAACCUUCACCUUCCCCAGACAGAGGAGGCCAAGGCUGAAGCCCUGGUGCUGAUGGGGGUUAGUAUCCCCUGUCCUACUUCACCUUUAAACUCCUACAGCACACCACACACCCCUACACGUUGUUCCCUCACCCCUACACGUUGUUCCCUCACCCCUACACGAUGUUCCCUCACCCCUACACGUUGUUCCCUCACCCCUACACGUUGUACCUCACCCCUACACGUUGUUCCCUCACCCCUACACGUUGUUCCCUCACCCCUACACGUUGUUCCCUCACCCCUACACGUUGUUCCCUCACCCCUACACGUUGUUCCCUCACCCCUACACGUUGUUCCCUCACCCCACGUUGUUCCCUCACCCCUACACGUUGUGCCUCACCCCUACACGUUGUUCCCUCACCCCUACACGUUGUUCCCUCACCCCUACACGUUGUGCCUCACCCCUACACGUUGUGCCUCACCCCUACACGUUGUUCCCUCCCCCCUACACGAUGUGCCUCACCCCUACACGUUGUUCCCUCACCCCUACACGUUGUUCCCUCACCCCUACACGUUGUUCCCUCACCCCUACACGUUGUUCCCUCACCCCUACACGUUGUUCCCUCACCCCUACACGUUGUUCCCUCACCCCUACACGUUGUUCCCUCACCCCUACACGUUGUGCCUCACCCCUACACGUUGUGCCUCACCCCUACACGUUGUUCCCUCCCCCCCUACACGAUGUGCCUCACCCCUACACGUUGUGCCUCACCCCUACACGUUGUUCCCUCCCCCCUACAUGAUGUGCCUCACCCCUACACGUUGUGCCUCACCCCUACACGUUGUGCCUCACCCCUACACAAUGUGCCUCACCCCUACACGAUGUGCAGCACUCCCAUUUACAUCAAUUAAUAAUUUACAUGAAAGUCCAAGUUGCAUGCAGUCUGCCAGCAUUUACCUCUUCACCCCACAGUCCACCCCUACACCUACAGCACCCCACAGUCCACCUCUACACCUACAGCACCCCACAGUCCACCUCUACACCUACAACACCCCACAGUCCACCCCUACAACACCCCACAGUCCACCCCUACAACACCCCACAGUCCACCCCUACACCUACAACACCCCACAGUCCACCCCUACACCUACAACACCCCACAGUCCACCCCUACACCUACAACACCCCACAGUCCACCCCUACAGCACCCCACAGUCCACCCCUACACCUACAACACCCCUCAGUCCACCCCUACACCUACAGCACCCCACAGUCCACCCCUACACCUACAACACCCCUCAGUCCACCCCUACACCUUCAACACCCCACAGUCCACCCCUACACCUACAACACCCCUCAGUCCACCCCUACACCUUCAACACCCCUCAGUCCACCCCUACACCUACAACACCCCACAGUCCACCCCUACACCUACAACACCCCACAGUCCACCCCUACAGCACCCCACAGUCCACCCCUACACCUACAACACCCCUCAGUCCACCCCUACACCUACAGCACCCCACAGUCCACCCCUACACCUACAACACCCCUCAGUCCACCCUACACCUACAGCACCCCACAGUCCACCCCUACACCUACAACACCCCUCAGUCCACCCCUACACCUUCAACACCCCUCAGUCCACCCCUACACCUACAACACCCCACAGUCCACCCCUACACCUACAACACCCCACAGUCCACCCCUACAGCACCCCACAGUCCACCCCUACACCUACAACACCCCUCAGUCCACCCCUACACCUACAGCACCCCACAGUCCACCUCUACACCUACAACACCCCACAGUCCACCCCUACAACACCCCACAGUCCACCCCUACACCUACAACACCCCACAGUCCACCCCUACACCUACAACACCCCACAGUCCACCCCUACAGCAACCCCACAGUCCACCCAUACACCUACAGCACCCCACAGUCACCACCUCAACCCCACAAACCCACAAAGACAAAAGACACCUACACACCCGCACCUACAACACCCCACAGUCCACCCCUACACACCCCACAGUCCACCCCUACCUAACCACCCACGUCACCCCUACACCCCACAGUCCACCCCUACACCUUCAACACCCCACAGUCCAACCCUACACCUUCAACACCUACAACACCCCACAGUCCACCUCUACACCAUCAACACCCCUCAGUCCACCCAUACAACACCCCACAGUCCACCCUACCCCUACAAACACCCCACAGUCCACCCCUACAACACCCUCAUCACCCCUACAGCACCCCACAGUCCACCCUCUACAACCAUCACACACCCCUAUCCACCUACAACACCCCAUAGUCCACCUCUACACCUACAACACCCCACAGUCCACCCCUACAGACACCCCACAUCCACCCUACACACCCCACAGUCCACCCCUACCUACAGCACCCCACAGUCCACCCCUACAACACCCCACAGUCCACCCCUACACCUUCACUACAACACCCCACAGUCCACCUCUACACACUACAACACCCCACAGUCCACCUACACCAAACCUACAACACCCACAGUCCACCCCUACACUUACACACCCCACAGUCCACCCCUACACUUACACACCCCACAGUCACCCCAAAACCCUACAACACCCCCCCAGUCCACCCCUACACCUUCAACACCUACAAACCCCACAGUCCACCCUACACCCAACACCUACAACACCCCACAGUCCCCCCUACACCUUACACCUACAAAACCCCACAGUCCACCCCUACACCUACAACACCCCACAGUCCACCCCUACACCUACAACACCCCACAGUCCACCCCACACCUACAAACACCCCACAGUCCACCCCUUACACCUACAACACCCCACAGUCCACCCCUACACCUCCUACACCUACAAAACCCCACAGUCCACCCCUACACCUACAAACCCCCAUCACCCCUACACCUACAAACCCCACAGUCCACCCUACACCUACAACACCCCACAGUCCACCCCUACACCUUACACAAAACCCCACAGUCCACCCCUACACCUACAACACCCCACAGUUUCCCCCCUACCUACAACACCCCACAGUCCAUCCCCUCACACCCACAGUCCACCCUACAACACCCCACAGUCCACCCCUACACCUCAACACUACAACACCCCACAGUCCACCUCUACACCAUACACCCCUCAUCCACCCUACAACACCCCUAGUCCACCCUACACCUACAACACCCCACAGUCCACCCCUACACACCCCACAGUCCACCCCUACACACCCCACAGUCCACCCCUACACCUACAACACCCCCGUCCCCCCUACACCCACAGCACCCCACAGUCCACCCCCCUACACCUACAGCACCCCACAGUCCACCCUACACCUACAACACCCACAGUCCACCCAUACAACCCCCAUAUCACCCCUAACCUACAACACCCCACAGUCCACCCCUACAUACAACCCCACAGUCCACCUACCCUACAACACCCCACAGUCCACCCCUACACCUACAACACCCCACAGUCCACCCCUACACACACCACACCCCCGUCCACCCCACACACUACAACACCCCACAGUCCACCUUCCCUCACCCCUACAACACCCACAGUCCACCCCUCACACCCCACAGUCCACCCCACACACCCCACAGUCCACCCCUACACCUACAACACCCCACAGUCCACCCCUACACCUACAACAAACCCCACAGUCCACCCCUACACCUAAACACACCCCACAGUCCACCCCUACACCUACAAACCCCACAGUCCACCCCUACACUACACCCCACAGUCCCCCCUACACCUCAACCCCCACGCCCCUACACCUACAACACCCCCAGUCCACCCCAUACACCACAACACCCCACAGUCCCCCCUACACCUACAACACCCCACAGUCCACCCCUACACCAACAACACCCCAGUCCACCCCUACAGCACCCCACAGUCCACCACCUACAACACCCCACAGUCCACCCCUACACCUACAACACCCCACAGUCCACCCCUACAAACCCACAACACCCCACAGUCCACCCUACACCUACAACACCCCACAGUCCACCCCUACACCUACAACAACCCCACAGUCACCACCCUACACCUACAACACCCCACAGUCCACCCCUACACACUACAACACCCCACAGUCCACCCCUACAACACCCCACAGUCCACCCCCUACAGCACCCCACAGUCCACCCCUACACCUACAACACCCCACAGUCCACCCCUACACCUACAACACACCCCACAGUCCACCCCUACACCUACAACACCCCACAGUCCACCCCUACACCUACAACACCCCACAGUCCACCCCUACACCUACAACACCCCACAGUCCCCCCCUACACCUACAACACCCCACAGUCCACCCCUACACCUUCAACACCUACAACACCCCACAGUCCAUCUCACCCCUACACACACUCCACCCCACACUUACAACACCCCACAGUCCACACCCACUACACCCCUCACACACACCCCACAGUCCACCCCUACACCUACAACCCCACUCCACCCCUAACUACAACACCCCACAGUCCACCUACACCUACAAAACCCCACAGUCACCCCUACACCUACAACACCCCACAUCACCCUACACCUACAACACCCCACAGUCCACCCCUACACCUACAACACCCCACAGUCCACUUCAACAGUUCUCCUCUCUGUCACUCAGUCUUUAAGCCCAGGUUUAAACAACACUAAACCUGCAGAGCCAAGGUUCUGCUUUCACACUGACCGUUACUUUUCUAAUUUCUCUUUCUGUGUCCCUCCAGACCAAAGCCAACUUGGUGACCCCCAGAAACGGAGAGCCUCUGAUUGCUGCUAUUCAAGACUUUCUGACAGGUCAGCCAUUGUGUCAACGCAAUAGGCAGUCAUUGUUUGUCGCAGCAGGGCCUGACAGCCGAUCAAAUGGCUCAUUUGUCAGAUGAUUGAGGCCUUUGACGUCUGGAUUAUCGAGUGUCUCAAAUUUGUUCAUUGUUAGGUGGAGAAAAUAUCAAGGUGCUGACAUUGUGACGUGUGUUCAACGUGAUGGAAAAUGUCUCCCUGGACUGCUCUGAUCUGUUCAUUGCAUUUGAUUUGUGUCACAGCUGGUCUCAUCUGCCUUGAAAAGAAAACUGUGUCAUCUUCAUUAUGCAGUUGCUUUGCUUGUGUUAUCCAGAUUGGGGCACUUACCUUUUGUUAAGUCAACACAUUGAUGGGAUUCUUUAUACUGACAUUAUUAUCCACUCUGGUUUUGACAUUUGAGACUGAAUUCAGGAAGAUGAGCUUCUGUCAAAUCUUCAAGAUUGGCUGUUUUUUUUAUUUUUAAUGUAUUUAUUUUUAGUAUUUUUUACAUUUUGUAAAAGUACAAACCCAGGGCUUUGAAAUGGUAUAUCAUGAAACAUCGGAAAGUUAUGCUUCUUUGGCAUUUGAUAAACUUGUUAUCCCAAUGUGGAGACAGGUAGGAGAAAAAUGCCCUUGAAUGUUUUUCACACUUUCUAGAGAGCUCUUCUUCGUUAACGUCCAUUCAGCAUCGUUCAAACCCUCUUAAGCCUUAGCCCCACCCAUUUUAAUUAAGAACAUUCACAUGUCAAUUCAUGAGUCAGCAUGGCAUUGUCCUCCAGAAAGUCGUCUCUCUAUCAGUGGCAGUCGGUGACGUUUAAAAUGAGGGAGGACGAUUUGUUUUGAAUUAGCAUGGCCUUAUUUCUAUUACAGCAUAUUGGAUGACUCUCGUUCAUAUUCCAUUCACCCAGCUCAAUGUAACAUCGAUAGGUUUAGGCUACUACAUGAUACUCUAAUUUCCCUGUACCCAUCAUGAGGUUGCUACAACCUAGACGAUGAAUGAAAGUUUACAACGUAGGUGCACACAGGUCGAGACAAAAAUGUAACUAAUCAAGGUGACAGACAAUGACACAUUCAAUACCGCCUUGCACACUCUUGCCUGCAUCUAGCUGAUCCAGGGUGUAAUCAUUAGUCCAAACAGUUGCAAACAAGAGUUUCUAUUGGACAAAUUCAGUUAUGUUUAUAUGUUUCGUUCCGUUUGCUUCCGUUUGCAAAAACAAUUUCAACAGAAUUGGCGCAAAUGAAUACAGCCCUGAUCACAAGCAAACAGUUCACUUUCAUAGCUGCCACAUACAAGCAGCAUGAACAUUUUGCUCGUUGUAUAUAUAAUUCCUUCUUGCGUCUAUGUGUUCUCCUCCUCACCUUUUCCCUUCGCUUGUGGACCUCAGUGCACAACACAGCCGCUGUCUGUGACCAGGCGACAAAACCUUUCCAAGCCAAACCUUCAUAUCAUAGCCGCUAACCGCUACACACGUAGUCACCAUAUUAGCUAACGACGUUAGUAACGUCAUUGUCAACAUAGCUACUAGAACUAACACGUUAGUAAACCCGCUACAAUCAUGCAGUGCAGUCAGCAAGCAGUUUAGCAGUUACACCGGUGGGCCGCGGUGGCAAUAAAUUAAUAAAACCAAAAGCUUACCUUGACUUGGACGAGUUCCAGUGUUUGAUUGUAAUAGCCAGCUAGCUAACAUCGCAUCCUUUUCUGUUUGAGCCAGGUGUUUGAGUAGGCUAAACUAGCUAGCUGCAUUUGCUAGCUAAGUGAAAUUGAAAAAAAAGACAACUACAGUACCAGUCAAAAGUUUGGACACCUAUUCAUUCAAGGGUCUUCAUUUAUUUUUACUAUUUUCUACAUUGUAGAAUAAAAGUGAAGACAUCAAAACUAUGACAUAACACAUAUGGAAUCAUGAAGUAACCAAAAAAGUGUUCAACAAAUCAAAAUAUAUUUGAGAUUCUUCAAAGUAGCCACCCUUUGCCUUGAUGACAGCUUUGCACACUCUUGGCAUUCUCUCAACCAGCUUAACCUGGAAUGCUUUUCCAACAGUCUUGAAGGAGUUCUCACAUAUGCUGAGCAGUUGUUGGCUGCUUUUCCUUCACUCUGAGGUCCAACUCAUCCCAAACCAUCUCAAUUGGUUAGAGGUGGGGGGAUUGUGGAGGCCAGGUCAUGUGAUGCAGCACUCCAUCACUCUCCUCCUUGGUAAAAUAGCCCUUACACAGCCUGUAGGUGUGUUGGGUCAACGUCCUGUUGAAAAACAAACCAGAUGGGAUGGCGUAUCGCUGCAGAAUGCUGUGGUAGCCAUGCUGGUUUAGUGUGCCUUGAAUUCUAAAUAAAUCACAGACUGUGUCACCAGCAAAGCACCAUCACACCUCCUCCUCCAUGCUUUACGGUGGGAACUACACACGCGGAGAUCAUCCGUUCACCCACACCGCGUCUCACAAAGACAUGGCGGUUGGAACCAAAAAUCUCAGAUUUCAGACUCCAGACCAAAUGACAUAUUUCCACCGGUCUAAUGUCCUUUGCUCGUGUUUCUUGGCCCAAGCAAGUCUCUUCUUAUUAUUGGUGUCCUUUAGUAAAGGUUUCUUUGCAGCAAUUCGACCAUGAAGGCCUGAUUCACUCAGUCUCCUCUGAACAGUUGAUGUUGAGAUGUGUCUUACUUGAACUUUGUGGUCCUCUGUAGCUCAGCUGGUAGAGCAUGGCGCUUGUAACGCCAGGGUAGUGGGUUCGAUCUCCGGGACCACCGAUACACAAAAAUGUAUGCACGCAUGACUGUAAGUCGCUUUGGAUAAAAGCGUCUGCUAAAUGGCAUAUUAUCAUUAUUAUUAUUAUUAUUAUUAUUAUUAUUAUUAUUAUUAUUAUUAUUAUUAUUAUUAAACAUUUAUUUGGACUGCAAUUUCUGAGGCUGGAAACUGUAAUGAACUUAUCCUCUGCAGCAGAGGUAACUCUGGGUCUUCCUUUCCUGUGGCUGUCCUCAUGAGAGCCAGUUUCAUCAUAGCUCUUGAUGGUUUUUGCAACUGCACUUGAAGAAACGUUCAAAGUUCUUGAAUUUUUCGUAUUGACUGACCUUCAUGUCUUAAAGUAAAGAUGGACUGUCGUUUCUCUUUGCUUAUUUGAGCUGUGCUUGCCAUAAUAUGGACUUGGUCUUUUAAAUAAUAAUAAUAAUAAUAUGCCAUUUAGCAGACGCUUUUAUCCAAAGCGACUUACAGUCAUGCGUGCAUACAUUUUUUUUUUGUGUAUGGGUGGUCCCGGGGAUCGAACCCACUACCUUGGCGUUACAAGCGCCGUGCUCUACCAGCUGAGCUACAGAGGACCAAAUAGGGCUAUCUUCUGUAUACCACCCUUACCUUGUCACCACAACUGAUUGGCUCAAACGCGUUAAGAAGGAAAGAAAUUCCACAAAUUAACUUUUAACAAGGCACACCUGUUAAUUGAAAUGUAUUCCAGGUGACUACCUCAUGAAGCUGGUUGAGAUAAUGCCAAGAGUGUGCAAAGCUGUCAUCAAGGCAAAGGGUGGCUAUUUGAAGAAUCUCAAAUAUAACAUUUAAUUUGAUUUGUAUAUCACUUUUUUGGUUACUACAUGAUUCCAUAUCUGUUAUUUCAUAGUUUUGAUGUCUUCACUAUUAUUCUUCAAUGUAGAAAAUAGUAAGAAAUUAAGAAAAAACAUUGAAUGAGUAGGUGUGUCCAAACUAUAGCUAUCUUGCUCUCUCACUCUCUUCCUUCUCCUUCAUUUUUUAACAAAUUAAUCUGUUCAAAACUGUUCAAGUAUUGUCUUUCUCUCUCUGAGUAAACUACUCACCACAUGUUAUGCACUGCAGUGCUAGCUAGCUGUAGCUUAUGCUUUCAGUACUAGAUUAAUUCUCUGAUCCUUUGAUUGGGUGGACAACAUGUCAGUUCAUGCUGCAUAAAUUCUGAUAGGUUAAAGGACGUUCUCCGGAAGUUGUCAUAAUUUCUCUUCAAGUCUAUGGAAGGGUGUGAAAACCAUGAGCCUCCUAGGUUUUGUAUUGAAGUCAAUGUACCCAGAGGAGGACAGAAGCUAACUGUCCUCCGGCUACACCAUGGUGCUACCCUACGGAGUGCUGCUGAGACUACUGUAGACCUUCAUUGCAAAACAGUGUGUUUUAAUAAAUUAUUUGGUGACGUGAAUAUAUUUAGUAUAGUUUCAUCUAAGAAGGAUAACUUCUUGAAAGUUUUCACUAUUUUUAAUUUGAUAAUUGGUGGUCCUCUGUAGCUCAGCUGGUAGAGCACGGCGCUUGUAACGCCAGGGUAGUGGGUUCGAUCCCCGGGACCACCCAUACACAAAAAUGUAUGCACGCAUGACUGUAAGUCGCUUUGGAUAAAAGCGUCUGCUAAAUGGCUUAUUAUUAUUAUUAUUAUUAUUAUUAUUAUUCACUGGGGAUGGUCCUCCCUUUCCUCUAUGAUCUCCCUCCAUUAUCUCAACCAAUCAUGGAGCCUGUCUUUCUCCCUACAGAGCUCAGUGCUUUCUCCUUGGCUAAACUAGGCUCUUAAUAUAAUAUUCAUAUUUACGGAUCCCAGACAAGUUUGUAAUUAAGUCAUAUGAAAGUUCACAUGUUCAAGAAGUAUUUUCUGCAACAAAAAAUUAUAAUAUAUUCUUCUUUUUUUUUUUUUACGGCUCUACUGUGAAGUAGGAAAUAGCGUCAAACGCCUACGAUCCUGAAUCCGGUCAUAUUUGUAGGAAUGUCAAAAAUGACAUCUCUGUAUUUAUCGUAUUUGGAGAAAGUGUAGCCUAAUAUUUCUUAGGCUGUUUCUUAGGAGCACAAUAGCUGUACGUUUCAGACUCCACGUUUCACCCCUACUGUCCUCCUCUUCUCCUCUCUCCUUUCUUCACAGGAGCCUACCUGUUGACCCUAAAGGACACGUUCUUCGACAGGUCUAAAGCCUGCCAGAUAGUCGCCUCUAUCCUGGUUGGGGUGGAUGAGAAGAUCAAGAUAGCUCUCCCGCACCCGGCCAUACUCAAGGUAUGGUAUGGCUCUCCUUGGUUGGCUGAAUUUAGUGAUGGACUGUUUAUUGGAUUUUGGGCUGAUAUCUGUUCUCUGUCAUGAGAAAAAAAUAUAUAUAUCACUGGGAGUCAUGUAGAGUGUGACUUUCUUUAGUAGUUAAAUAUCAGUUGGUCUGCAACUCGUCAAUCAUUUGGGUGUUGGUCUUUUAACUGUUGUCUGUUGUUAGUCCAUCAUGACUCUGUUGUCUGUUGUUAGCCGAUGACACUGUUGUCUGUUGUUAGCCGAUGACUCUGUUGUCUGUUGUUAGCCGAUGACUCUGUUGUCUGUUGUUAGCCGAUGACUCUGUUGUCUGUUGUUAGUCCAUCAUGACUCUGUUGUCUGUUGUUAGCCGAUGACACUGUUGUCUGUUGUUAGCCGAUGACACUGUUGUCUGUUGUUAGCCGAUGACUCUGUUGUCUGUUGUUAGCCGAUGACUCUGUUGUCUGUUGUUAGCCGAUGACUCUGUUGUCUGUUGUUAGCCGAUGACUCUGUUGUCUGUUGUUAGCCGAUGACUCUGUUGUCUGUUGUUAGCCGAUGACUCUGUUGUCUGUUGUUAGCCGAUGACUCUGUUGUCUGUUGUUAGCCGAUGACUCUGUUGUCUGUUGUUAGCCGAUGACUCUGCUGUCUGUUGUUAGCCGAUGACUCUGUUUGUCUGUUGUUAGUCCAUCAUGACUCUGUUGUCUGUUGUUAGCCGAUGACACUGUUGUCUGUUGUUAGCCGAUGACUCUGUUGUCUGUUGUUAGUCCAUCAUGACACUGUUGUCUGUUGUUAGCCGAUGACACUGUUGUCUGUUGUUAGCCGAUGACUCUGUUGUCUGUUGUUAGCCGAUGACUCUGUUGUCUGUUGUUAGUCCAUCAUGACUCUGUUGUCUGUUGUUAGCCGAUGACUCUGUUGUCUGUUGUUAGCCGAUGACUCUGUUGUCUGUUGUUAGUCCAUCAUGACACUGUUGUCUGUUGUUAGCCGAUGACACUGUUGUCUGUUGUUAGCCGAUGACUCUGUUGUCUGUUGUUAGCCGAUGACUCUGUUGUCUGUUGUUAGCCGAUGACUCUGUUGUCUGUUGUUGGUCCAUCAUGACUCUGUUGUCUGUUGUUAGCCGAUGACCUGUUGUCUGUUGUUAGCCGAUGACUCUGUUGUCUGUUGUUAGCCGAUGACUGUCUGUUGUUUCCAUGAUGUUGUUGUUGUAGCCGAUGACUCUGUUUGUCUGUUGUUAGCCGAUGACUCUGUUGUCUGUUGUUAGCCGAUGACUCUGUUGUCUGUUGUUAGCCGAUGACUUGUUGUCUGUUGUCAUACUGUUGUUGUGUUAGCCGAUGACUCUGUUGUCUGUUGUUAGCCGAUGACUCUGUUGUCUGUUGUUAGUCCAUCAUGACUCUGUUGUCUGUUGUUAGCCGAUGACCUGUUGUCUGUUGUUAGCCGACUUCGGCAGACUCUGUUGUCUGUUGUUAGCCGAUGACUCUGUUGUCUGUUGUUAGCCGAUGACUCUGUUGUCUGUUGUUAGUCCAUCUGACACUGUUGUCUGUUGUUAGCCGAUGACACUGUUGUCUGUUGUUAGCCGAUGACACUGUUGUCUGUUGUUAGCCGAUGACUCUGUUGUCUGUUGUUAGCCGAUGACUCUGUUGUCUGUUGUUAGCCGAUGACUCUGUUGUCUGUUGUUAGCCGAUGACUCUGUUGUCUGUUGUUAGCCGAUGACUCUGUGUCUGUUGUUAGCCGAUGACUCUGUUGUCUGUUGUUAGCCGAUGACUCUGUGUCUGUUGUUAGCCGAUGACUCUGUUGUCUGUUGUUAGCCGAUGACUCUGUUGUCUGUUGUUAGCCGAUGACUCUGUUGUCUGUUGUUAGCCGAUGACUCUGUUGUCUGUUGUUAGCCGAUGACUCUGUUGUCUGUUGUUAGCCGAUGACUCUGUUGUCUGUUGUUAGCCGAUGACUCUGUUGUCUGUUGUUAGCCGAUGACUCUGUUGUCUGUUGUUAGCCGAUGACUCUGUUGUCUGUUGUUGUGUUAGCCGAUGACUCUGUUGUCUGUGUUGCCUCAUGACUCUGUUGUCUGUUGUUAGCCGAUGACCUGUUGUCUGUUGUUAGCCGAUGACUCUGUUGUCUGUUGUUAGCCGAUGACUCUGUUGUCUGUUGUUAGCCGAUGACUCUGUUGUCUGUUGUUAGCCGAUGACUCUGUUGUCUGUUGUUAGCCGAUGACUCUGUUGUCUGUUGUUAGCCGAUGACUCUGUUGUCUGUUGUUAGCCAUCAGACUCUGUUGUCUGUUGUUAGCCGAUGACUCUGUUGUCUGUUGUUAGCCGAUGACUCUGUUGUCUGUUGUUAGCCGAUGACUCUGUUGUCUGUUGUUAGCCGAUGACUCUGUUGUCUGUGUUGUUAGCCGAUGACUCUGUUGUCUGUUGUUAGUCCAUCAUGACUCUGUUGUCUGUUGUUAGCCGAUGACUCUGUUGUCUGUUGUUAGUCCAUCAUGACUCUGUUGUCUGUUGUUAGCCGAUGACACUGUUGUCUGUUGUUAGCCGAUGACUCUGUUGUCUGUUUGUUAGCCGAUGACUCUGUUGUCUGUUGUUAGCCGAUGACUCUGUUGUCUGUUGUUAGCCGAUGACUCUGUUGUCUGUUGUUAGCCGAUGACUCUGUUGUCUGUUGUUAGCCGAUGACUCUGUUGUCUGUUGUUAGUCGAUGACUCUGUUGUCUGUUGUUAGCCGAUGACUCUGUUGUCUGUUGUUAGCCGAUGACUCUGUUGUCUGUUGUUAGCCGAUGACUCUGUUGUCUGUUGUUAGCCGAUGACUCUGUUGUCUGUUGUUAGUCCAUCAUGACUCUGUUGUCUGUUGUUAGCCGAUGACUCUGUUGUCUGUUGUUAGCCGAUGACUCUGUUGUCUGUUGUUAGCCGAUGACUCUGUUGUCUGUUGUUAGCCGAUGACUCUGUUGUCUGUUGUUAGCCGAUGACUCUGUUGUCUGUUGUUAGCCGAUGACUCUGUUGUCUGUUGUUAGCCGAUGACUCUGUUGUCUGUUGUUAGCCGAUGACUCUGUUGUCUGUUGUUAGCCGAUGACUCUGUUGUCUGUUGUUAGCCGAUGACUCUGUUGUCUGUUGUUAGCCGAUGACUCUGUUGUCUGUUGUUAGCCGAUGGACUCUGUUGUCUGUUGUUAGCCGAUGACUCUGUUGUCUGUUGUUAGCCGAUGACUGUUGUCUGUUGUAGCCGAUGGCUCUGUUGUCUGUUGUUAGCCGAUGACUCUGUUGUCUGUUGUUAGCCGAUGACUCUGUUGUCUGUUGUUAGCCGAUGACUCGUUGUCUGUUGUUAGCCGAUGACUCUGUUGGUCUGUUGUUAGCCGAUGACUCUGUUUGUCUGUUGUUAGCCGAUGACUCUGUUGUCUGUUGUUAGCCGAUGACUGUGUUGUCUGUUGUUAGCCGAUGACUCUGUUGUCUGUUGUUAGCCGAUGACUGUGUUGUCUGUUGUUAGCCGAUGACUCUGUUGUCUGUUGUUAGCCGAUGACUCUGUUGUCUGUUGUUAGCCGAUGGACUCUGUGUCUGUUGUUAGCCGAUGACUCUGUUGUCUGUUGUUAGCCGAUGACUGUUUGUCUGUUGUUAGCCGAUGACUCUGUUGUCUGUUGUUAGCCGAUGACUGUGUUGUCUGUUGUUAGCCGAUGACUCUGUUGUCUGUUGUUAGUCCAUCAUGACUCUGUUGUCUGUUGUUAGUCCAUCAUGACUCUGUUGUCUGUUGUUAGCCGAUGACUCUGUUGUCUGUUGUUAGCCGAUGACUCUGUUGUCUGUUGUUAGCCGAUGACUCUGUUGUCUGUUGUUAGCCGAUGACUCUGUGGACAGGGAAGCAGAUCUUCGGUCUGAUUCUGAAGCCCAGUAAGGCCUGUCCAGUCAAGGCCAACCUGAGGACCAAGGGGAAACAGUACAGCGGUAAAGGAGAGGACCUCUGCAGCAACGACUCCUGUGAGUUCCUCCCCAUGCCUCUCUAGAGUCUUCAUCCAUAAAAUACAGAUCAUCUGAUUUCAAUUAUCCAGAUUUAUAAUAUAAUUGUAUUACUAUAAUCAGAUUCAACUAUUCAGAUUCAUUAUUCAAAAUCUUUGAAUUUCGUCCUUCCUUUCUCUCUCUGUGUCUCUGUCUCUCUCUGUCUCUCUGUCUCUCUCUGUGUCUCUGUCUCUCUCUGUCUCUCUCUGUCUCUCUCUCUCUCUCUCUCUCUCUCUCUGUCUCUCUCUCUGUCUCUCUCUCUGUCUCUCUCUGUCUCUCUCUGUCUCUCUCUGUGUCUCUGUCUCUCUCUGUCUCUCUGUCUCUCUCUGUGUCUCUGUCUCCGUCUCCCUCCCUCAGUCGUUGUGAUCCAGAACAGUGAGUUGAUGUGUGGUACCAUGGAUAAGGGCACGUUGGGCUCUGGCUCCAAGAAGAACAUAUUCUAUAUCCUGCUGAGAGACUGGGGGCAGCUGGAGGCAGCCAACGCCAUGUCUCGCCUGGCCCGCCUCGCGCCUACAUACCUCUGUGGGUCCACCGCACAUACUGACAUGUUCUCUUCUGUUAAUACUUCAAAGAUGCUAUACUUGAUGCUUUACUGAACUGCAGUAUACUGAUGCUGUACUGUGAUCUAAUGCUAUAUAAUGGUAAUUUACUGUAGGUUUGCAUCCCUUUCUGCCUCAUUCAUUUCUGUUAAUGCUUUGAACAUGCUCAAUACUAAAUGCCUUCUCAUACUUUACCAGGCUUUAUUUUGAGUUUUCCCGCUGCCAAGCAUUUGGCUAUAGUGUUCCCUACUGAACAUGACCGUUAUAAACCCUUUGCAGCCAACCGGGGUUUCUCCAUCGGUAUUGGUGAUGUGACCCCAGGCCAGGGUCUGCUGAAGGCCAAACAGGACCUGCUGGACGGGGGCUAUGCCAAGUGUGACGAGUACAUCGAGGCCCUGAAGACUGGCAAACUGCAGCAACAGCCAGGCUGCACUGCUGAGGAGACCCUGGAGGUACACACUAGACCAGAUAAAGCUCUAAGCCUAUUAGCUUUUCUCAAUUAUGAGCUGAUAUUUGUGGUAUCCCCAAAUCAAACAGCCACCGUGAGCUUUGUCUAUUGUCUGGCUGAUGUCUGGUGGUUCUUCUAUACCAGCUACUGUAUAUAUUGUCUGGCUGAUGUCUGGUGGUUCUUCUAUACCAGCUACUGUAUCUAUUGUCUGGCUGAUGUCUGGUGGUUCUUCUAUACCAGCUACUUUAGUCUGGUGGCCUUUUGAAACCAGGUACGUCAUCAUCUCUGCUUCAGACUGAUACGAGGAGGAAAGAGAGCAGGUUCUUUUUUUAACGGGGGUGGUCUGUUUUGGAGGUUUAUCUGUUGUCACGCUGAUGCCUUGUGGUCGUUCCAUAGCAGGUCCAUCUGUGGUUUAGAGUGAUAAUGAUGUGUGUCUCUCUCUCAACAGGCCCUCAUCCUGAAGGAGCUAUCUGUUAUCAGAGACCAUGCCGGCAGCGCCUGCCUCAGAGAACUGGACAAGAGCAACAGUCCUCUGAUUAUGGCUCUGUGUGGCUCCAAAGGUAGGUCAACUAACCAGUCCUAUGAUUAUGGCUCUGUGUGGAUCCAAAGGUAGGUCAACUAACCAGUCCUAUGAUUAUGGCUCUGUGUGGAUCCAAAGGUAGGUCAACUAACCAGUCCUCUGAUUAUGGCUCUGUGUGGAUCCAAAGGUAGGUCAACUAACCAGUCCUAUGAUUAUGGCUCUGUGUGGCUCCAAAGGUAGGUCAACUAACCAGUCCUCUGAUUAUGGCUCUGUGUGGCUCCAAAGGUAGGUCAACUAACCAGUCCUAUGAUUAUGGCUCUGUGUGGCUCCAAAGGUAGGUCAACUAACCAGUCCAACUAACUAGUCCUCUGAUUAUGGCUCUGUGUGGAUCCAAAGGUAGGUCAACUAACCAGUCCAACUAACUAGUCCUCUGAUUAUGGCUCUGUGUGGAUCCAAAGGUAGGUCAACUAACUAGUCCUCUGAUUAUGGCUCUGUGUGGCUCCAAAGGUAGGUCAACUAACCAUUCGCGGAGGAUUAAACGCUGCCUUUACCACACAUACUCUCACACACACACACACACACACACACACACACACACACACACACACACACACACACACACACUCUCACACACAUACACUAAUCAAAUGUCAGGAGCUCUGCCUGUGCCCACUUCUAAUAAUAAGGACUAAGUGGUUCUUAUUCACUCCAACUAAGACUUCCUGAUUCGCUCUGAUUUGAUUUGCCAUUAGAGCGCCAUUGUCAUGGAAACAGCUAGGCUAUACUCUAACGUAUGUUUUGAUGGGUUAUUAUGGGUAGUAUCUGACCUGUAGCUGACCGACCUGUAUGCAAAUACAGACAUGGCCUUAUUUCCUAUUUCCAUGUUUUUAGGCUCUUUCAUGAUCUGUUUAUUGUAGGAUGUAUAUUCCUUUUUCUAUUUCAGAAAUUUAGUCUGUGUCCGGGAAACCGGGCCAUGGGUUUAAGGACGGGGUCAGCAUCAGGCGGACCGCGGGCCCAGAACGUUUUUAGUAAAAAUUGACUGUAAAAUCACCAGGAAUUCAGCUAAAAAUGAGUUUAAUUUAGGAAAUACAGUGGGGGAAAAAAGUAUUUAGUCAGCCACCAAUUGUGCAAGUUCUCCCACUUAAAAAGAUGAGAGAGGCCUGUAAUUUUCAUCAUAGGUACACGUCAACUAUGACAGACAAAAUGAGGGAAAAAAAUCCGGAAAAUCACAUUGUAGGAUUUUUUAUGAAUUUAUUUGCAAAUUAUGGUGGAAAAUAAGUAUUUGGUCACCUACAAACAAGCAAGAUUUCUGGCUCUCACAGACCUGUAACUUCUUCUUUAAGAGGCUCCUCUGUCCUCCACUCGUUACCUGUAUUAAUGGCACCUGUUUGAACUUGUUAUCAGUAUAAAAGACACCUGUCCACAACCUCAAACAGUCACACUCCAAACUCCACUAUGGCCAAGACCAAAGAGCUGUCAAAGGACACCAGAAACUAAAUUGUAGACCUGCACCAGGCUGGGAAGACUGAAUCUGCAAUAGGUAAGCAGCUUGGUAUGAAGAAAUCAACUGUGGGAGCAAUUAUUAGGAAAUGGAAGACAUACAAGACCACUGAUAAUCUCCCUCGAUCUGGGGCUCCACGCAAGAUCUCACCCCGUGUGGUCAAAAUGAUCACAAGAACGGUGAGCAAAAAUCCCAGAACCACACGGGGGGACCUAGUGAAUGACCUGCAGAGAGCUGGGACCAAAGUAACAAAGCCUACCAUCAGUAACACACUACGCCGCCAGGGACUCAGAUCCUGCAGUGCCAGACGUGUCCCCCUGCUUAAGCCAGUACAUGUCCAGGCCCGUCUGAAGUUUGCUAGAGUGCAUUUGGAUGAUCCAGAAGAGGAUUGGGAGAAUGUCAUAUGGUCAGAUGAAACCAAAAUAGAACUUUUUGGUAAAAACUCAACUCGUCGUGUUUGGAGGACAAAGAAUGCUGAGUUGCAUCCAAAGAACACCAUACCUACUGUGAAGCAUGGGGGUGGAAACAUCAUGCUUUGGGGCUGUUUUUCUGCAAAGGGACCAGGACGACUGAUCCGUGUAAAGGAAAGAAUGAAUGGGGCCAUGUACCGUGAGAUUUUGAGUGAAAACCUCCUUCCAUCAGCAAGGGCAUUGAAGAUGAAACGUGGUUGGGUCUUUCAGCAUGACAAUGAUCCCAAACACACCGCCCGGGCAACGAAGGAGUGGCUUCGUAAGAAGCAUUUCAAGGUCCUGGAGUGGCCUAGCCAGUCUCCAGAUCUCAACCCCAUAGAAAGUCUUUGGAGGGAGUUGAAAGUCUGUGUUGCCCAGCGACAGCCCCAAAACAUUACUGCUCUAGAGGAGAUCUGCAUGGAGGAAUGAGCCAAAAUACCAGCAACAGUGUGUGAAGGCUUACAGAAAACGUUUGACCUGUGUCAUUGCCAACAAAGGGUAUAUAACAAAGUAUUGAGAAACUUUUGUUAUUGACCAAAUACUUAUUUUCCACCAUAAUUUGCAAAUAAAUUCAUUAAAAAUCCUACAAUGUGAUUUUCUGGAGAAAUAAAAUCUCAUUUUGUCUGUCAUAGUUGACGUGUACCUAUGAUGAAAAUUACAGGCCUCUCAUCUUUUUAAGUGGGAGAACUUGCACAAUUGGUGGCUGACUAAAUACUUUUUUUCCCCACUGUAUGUUCCCAAGUAUUCCCACGAAUAAAGAAAAUUGGUGCAUUCACUUUAUGAUAGCCAGUGGGACAACCACUUUACAAUUUGUAUUUGUUAAUUUUUUUGGGGGUGAGUUAAGGGGGGGUAGAAUAAUUACUUUAUUCUAUCCCAGGUAUUCCUUAAAGUAAUGUAAUCAAGGUAUGAAAUUAUUUUGUGGCUAAUAAUAAUAAUAAUAAUAUGCCAUUUAGCAGACGCUUUUAUCCAAAGCGACUUACAGUCAUGCGUGCAUACAUUUUUUGUGUAUGGGUGGUCCCGGGGAUCGAACCCACUACCUUGGCGUUACAAGCGCCGUGCUCUACCAGCUGAGCUACAGAGGACCACAGUUGUCGUCAAUUUGCAGUGUUCAAAAUUAUUAUAAUUAUGUUCCGCCCCCCCCCCCCCCCCCCCCCCGACCAUUCACUCCUACAAAAAUCAGCCGUGUGCCUGAGUCUAGUUGCCCUGCCCCUGGUUUAAGGUAAGUAAAUUAGUGGAAUUGAAAUGGUAAUGCCCUUAAAUCCUUUUACCAUUAUGUCUCUUCCCCCCCUGCUGUAGACUCUUUCAUCAACAUCUCUCCAGGUUCCUCCCCAUCGUGUAACUGGGACAGGACGGCCGCUAGUCCCGUGUCGCAAGCGUCCGUCUGAACCAACAUCGGUACCUGGAAAUCGUGCGUUACGAGAAUCGGAUGGGGAGCACAGCGCUUCCUUCAGGCGCCUGAACGCCGCUUCGGUCUCGUCCGUCCAUAUCACUGUUUUCGGGAGGCGGGCCCUGGUUAGAUCGGUGAGGGGGGGAGGCUAUAGCCGAAAAGUUGGGGGAAAAAAACCGACUAUAGUAUCCCGCCAGCCCCAGGAAGGACUUGACCUGUGUCUUGGUGCGUGGAACGGGCCAGUCACGUACCGCGUUGGACCUUCCUCUCCUGGGGCUUGAUGUUCCACCGUCCGAUCGUUAUACGGGUAGCGCCCGUAAGAAGCGAUCCCAUGACCACUUUGUCUAUGAUGGAGAGGGUGGAUACGUCGGUUAGGAGCCAUGCCCUGGUGAUGCGCAGUAGGUCGCUCAUCUGGGCUCGAGGGGAGGCGUCGGCCACGAACCUCCAGCCGUGGACCAGUUGGGCCCGGUGGGCCAGUCUGUAUCCGUAGCGGCUGAGUGUCUCCCGUUUUAAGACGUCGUAGUUAGCCGCCAGUUCGGCGUUGAGGUCAUAAUACACCUUUUUGGCGUUUCCGGACAGGAACGGGGCCAGCAGGCUCGCCCACUUUGCUUUUGGCCACCCUUCCCGGAGCGCUGUCCGUUCAACCGUUCAGGGGCAGGUUUCGAUGUCGUCGUCCUCCGUUAGCUUUAUUAAAAACUGGUCUGGAUGCGAUUCGGUUGGCGUUCCUCCUUGUAGCUUCCUGAUUUCCUCAACCAGGCGGACAUUUUGUAGGCGCAGUUCCUCCAGCGUUCGUUCCUGAACCGGUAGUUGGACCCGGACGAACUGAGCUAUCAACUCGUCCAGGCUGAUGCUGCGUUAAACGUCAACCCUGAUCUGAACCACGUCAAAUGCCCGCAUUCUCCACCACUUGGUGCCAGACCAGGGGUUUUGAUCAAAACGUUUACACCGAUCAGACACGGACACCAGGCCUCAACAAGUCUCCCCCCCCUCUCUGCGGGACGCCACACUGUAGAAUGUGUGGGAUUUUUGUUUACGGUGGUGAUUCUGUAAUGCUAAUGGUCUAAGUUCUUCAUCCCUUUUCAUUUUCCCUCCUAGGAUCCUUCAUCAACAUCUCCCAGAUGAUUGCCUGUGUGGGCCAGCAGGCUAUAAGCGGCUCUCGAGUACCCGACGGCUUUGAGAACCGCUCGCUGCCACACUUUGAGAAGCACUCUAAAGUAAGAUCCUCUGAGAACCACGUAACGCCUUUUAUUAACCAGCUGAAAUCACCAUUAGAUCUGUCCAGAGUCGCAGGGCAUGGGGUUGAUUCAUUCAUGAAGAGGUGAGGGCUGGUUUGGUUACUGGCUAGCUGGGGAUGGGAAGGUUGAGGAGUGUGUUUUCCUUCCUAGCAGUAAACAGCAUCUCCAGCUGACUCAGUCAGAGCCCUGUUUCAUUUUUGUCUAACAGGGUAUGAAUCCCAAAUGGCACCCUAUUUUUUUUAAAAUAUUUUUUUUAAGUAAUUUAGCGGACGCUCUUAUCCAGAGCGACUUACAGUUAGUGAGUGCAUACAUUUUCAUACUGGCCCCCCGUGGGAAUCGAACCCACAACCCUGGUGUUGCAAAGGCCAUGCUCUACCAACUGAGCUACAGAGGGCUAUUCCCUACUUAGUGCACUACUUUUGACCAAGGCUCUGUGGGCCCUAGUCAAAAGUAGUGCACUAUACAGUAUAGGGAAUAGGGUGCCAUUUGGGACACAUCCAUGAUGUAACCUCUCUCUCUGUGUCACAGCUCCCUGCAGCUAAAGGCUUUGUGGCUGACAGCUUUUAUUCAGGCCUGACUCCCACAGAGUUCUUCUUUCACACUAUGGCUGGUCGAGAGGGCUUGGUGGACACCGCCGUUAAAACAGCAGAGACCGGAUACAUGCAGGUAACACACACACACACACACACACACCUCUGGGCUGCUGCACCGUACCCUGCACAGCCCCUCUGCUUGUAUUAAAGAAAACGAAUCUAAAUCUAUCAGGUUCCCUCUUGAGUAGCGAUCAGGGUUAUAUCCUAGGGUUAGUGUUGUUAUGUUGUUGAUGUGUUCAGGUCAGAACAGCUCACCACAGCUCUGACUAAUGACACAUAGCAGAUGAAAGAUGAAAGGUGUUGAGUGGUCACACACAUACACAACACACACACACACACACACACACACACACACACCGUUACACAAUAAUCUGUUGAGUCAUCCUUUGAUCUGUUCUUCUGUGGUGGAUGUGUUGUGUGUCAACAGAGGCGUCUGGUGAAGUCGUUGGAGGACCUGUGUUCCCAGUAUGAUCUGACGGUACGGAGCUCCACUGGUGACAUCAUCCAGUUCAUCUACGGGGGGGACGGCCUGGACCCGGCCGCCAUGGAGGGCAAAGAUGAACCGCUGGAGUUCAACAGAGUUCUGGACAACAUCCGGGUGAGUCACACACAUGUGCGGCAAGACUUAAUCUCACACACACACACACACACACACACAGAGGGAGACGCAGAGAGAGAGGGAGACGCAGAGAGAGAGGGAGACGCAGAGAGAGAGGGAGACGCAGAGAGAGAGAGAGAGAGGGGACGCAGAGAGAGAGAGAGAGAGAGACGCAGAGAGAGAGAGAGAGACGCAGAGAGAGAGAGAGAGACACACAGAGAGAGACACACACUCAGAGAGAGACACACACACACACACUCAGAGAGACACACACACACACACACACAGAGAGAGAGACACACACACACACAGAGAGACACACACACACACACAGAGAGACACACACACACACACAGAGAGACACACACACACAGAGAGAGAGAGACACACACACAGAGGCACACACAUAUAGAGGCACACUUACACACACAGAGACAUACACACAGAGAGAGAGACACGCACACAGAGACACAUGCAUGGACAGACACAUGCAGAUGCUCACACACACACAUUAUUCACUUAGACCUCACCUGUUGUCACUGGCAACAAGAACAUAUGCACAUUUCAAACUGCCAUCUGGUAGAGAUGUUGAGACAGUGGGCUAUAAUUAACUUCUGCUUGGCAACACACAACUUUGAGUAUUUCUUCGAAUUUUCUUUAGAUGCCAGACUUCAGAAUUUGAAGACCGUGAAAUGAGAUUUUUACCCACAGUGCAUAUCAUCAUCUCAAUGUAUGUGUUAGUGAUGCGCAGGUCAGCUGUUUGUUCACCCGCCCACAAUUACUAAUAACACAUCUGCACUCCUCCCUCUAAGCUAGCCCUCUCCCUGAGGCCGCCAGCCCGCGAACCCCUCCGAGAGAUCGAGAGGACCGCCCCCUCACCAGAGCGCGAAGCCACCGAGAUCGGAGCCCGAACGGAGACACUCCUCCAGCCGCCCCGAGCCCUCCCACCAUCCGAGGAGCCUCCCGCCUCCCGCGAGCGCCCCCGAGCCGCGUGAGCCCCCCGAGCCCCGUCCGCCGUCCCGCGAGCCCCUCAAGCCGCCAUCAGCCUCCCGUACCGCCGCCAGAACCCAAGCCCGCACAACCCUACUCACGCCCAACUCCGCGCCUAUAACCCCGCAAGCCCCAGACAACCGCACCCCUACCUACCGAAACCAGCCACACGACACCCCCGCCAGCCAAGCUCCCCGAUCAGUCACGCACACCCGUCACCGACCGACCCAACCAUCCACAACCCCACGAGACCCAGACGCAGAGGAGCAACCCCCGUAGCCCCAACCGAAGACGACACCCAAAGAAACAAAGAACACACAAAGUUCAAGACAAAGAAAACGCACCCUACCAGCCACCCACCAAAGCCCCCCACCGUCCCCCCAGAAACCCCCCUACCUAACCCCCCUCAUCCCGCCUCCCCACCCUCCCAGCCCCCCCCAUCCCCCCCCACCCCAACCCCCCCCAUACCCAAAACCCCCCACCCGACCCACCCACCCACCCCACCCCCCACCCCCCCUCAGCCCACACCCCCCCACCCCACCCCCCCUCCACCCAGAAACCCUCCACCGACCCACCCACCCCCACCGCAUCCCCUAGCCACCCCAUCCCCUCCCCACCCCAGCCACCCCCACCACCCCAUCCCCCCCCCCCAUCCCCCACCCCACCCGCCCCCCCAGACCCCAUCCCGCCCCCCUACCCCCAUCCCCAUCCCCCCCUAUCCCCCUCCCUCCAUCCCGCAAUCACGCCCCCCCCACCCCACCCCCCACCCCCAGGCCUCACCGAUCCAUCCAACCGACCCCCGCCCCCUCUACCCGCCCCCCCCAGCCCCUCCCUCCUCCUCCAUCCCCAUACCUCUACCCCCCCUUUCCCCCCCUCUACCCCCAUCCUAGCCCCUUCUAUCCCUCUCCUCUUCCCUCAUACCCUCCUCCUUCUCCCUCCCUUCCCUCCUACCCUCUAUCCCUCCAUUCCUCUAUCCCUCCUCCUCCCCUCCAUCUCCUCCUCCCCCAGUCCUCCAUCUUCAGGCCCCCUCGUAAUGAUGGUUCCGAACGGCAGUCCAUAAGAAGAGAGGAUUUCAUGAAGAGGAGUGACUUCAAGUGCUGCAGAGACAGCUUCCUCGAGGUAAAUAACAAACUAUCACUUCCGCUUGACUGCUUCUAUGUCUGCGAAUCAAAAUGGCACCCUAUUCCCUACAUAGUGCACUUUAACCAGAGCCCUGGUCUAAAGUAGUGCACUACAUACCGUAGAGAGUAGGGACCAAACUAUGUUAUUGGUUUUAGAUCUAUUAUCAACAGCAAUGUUCCAGCGUAUAGACCUAUAUCAAUCAUCAACAGCCAAUCAAAUGUCAAGACAGAUUUCUUAAUUCAAACCAAUAAUACCAGCAGUUACACUCCGGCGUAUAGACCGAGACUAGGUGACGUUCCAAAUGGCACCCUAUUCCCUAUGGGGUGCACUACUUUUGACCUGGGCCCAUUGGGCUCUAUAUAGGGACUAGGGUACCAUUUAAGGCCUAUCAACAGCCACAGCCAACAACAGAUCUUCAACCACCGUUCAAAUAUUAUACAUCUAGUUUGACCUCUCUCACUACCAAAUAUUAUAGAUCUAGUUUGACCUCUCUCACUACCAAAUAUUAUAGAUCUAGUUUGACCUCUCUCACUACCAAAUAUUAUAGAUCUAGUUUGACCUCUCUCACUACCAAAUAUUAUAGAUCUAGUUUGACCUCUCUCACUGCCAAAUAUUAUAGAUCUAGUUUGACCUCUCUCACUACCAAAUAUUAUAGAUCUAGUUUGACCUCUCUCACUGCCAAAUAUAAUAGAUCUAGUUUGACCUCUCUCACUACCAAAUAUUAUAGAUCUAGUUUGACCUCUCUCACUACCAAAUAUUAUAGAUCUAGUUUGACCUCUCACUACCAAAUAUUAUAGAUCUAGUUUGACCUCACUCACUACCAAAUAUUAUAGAUCUAGUUUGACCUCUCACUACCAAAUAUUAUAGAUCUAGUUUGACCUCACUCACUACCAAAUAUAAUAGAUCUAGUUUGACCUCACUCACUACCAAAUAUUAUAGAUCUAGUUUGACCUCUCACUACCAAAUAUUAUAGAUCUAGUUUGACCUCUUUCACUGGUCCGAGACUCUCCAUCAUUCAUCAAGGCAGGCAAUUGAAGACAAUAUUACCAUUUUACCUUCUGAGCUCUAUUUGCCAGACUUGACUGCCUUACCUUACCUUACCUUCCAUAAUAACGAUCACACACGCUAGCUGCCUGAGCAGAGCUGUCAUCCGUGCUCUAGGAUUCCUCCUUUAACACUAGAACCGCCAUAGGACAACGCCCACUGACGUUUGAUUUUGUAAAUUUAAAAAAAAUCUGCCCCCCCCCGCAAAAAAUGUCCUGCUCUUUCCCUGACUUUUCCUAAAUGUUUGUAUUUUAUGACAAAUGGAUUGAAUGAGCGAUAAUUGUGCAAGUUACUUCACAAUCUAAUUUAAAUUAGGCCUAACUGUGUAAUGAGGGUGAAGAGGAUGAUUUAAUUUAGAAAGACAGUAGUGUAAUGAUGAGUUUGUGUAAUGCCUAUUUAUCAGCGUUGGUGCUCAUGUUAAUAAUUUGACCGCACGCCUUGCCGGUUGGUACCAUUUUUCUUUUACGUUUUACUUUGUAAAAAGAAGCUAUUACAGGACUGUUUUAUUUACUGUAACUCUUUUACUAAACAAAUGUAUUGUAAGGGAAAACGAAAACAUGCUAUGUGUUGCAGUAGGCCUUUAAAAUAAUGCCAAACAUGUCCUCGACUCUAUCCAAGUUGAUACCGGAAACAAACGCUGGCAGUCAGCCUGCACCUAAACUAUACCGAAACUAAUUUCACACAUAAUAAGAGUUAGCCUAUAGACAAGAUUAAAUUGGCAAUCUGAUGAGUGACAAUAUCAGUUGUCAAAUUGUACAUGAAGAGAUGGGCGGAUCUUGUAAUUGACAGAUGGCGGGAAAGGAGCAUUGCUUUUAUCAAAUCCUCCUUCAGUCACAUGCAGGUAAUGGUGAUUUCUAUAUACACUGAACAAAAAAAUAUAAACGCAACAUGUAAAGCGUUGGUCCCAUGUUUCAUGAGCUAAAAUAAAAGAUCCCAGAAAUGUUCCAUACGCACAAAAAGCUUAUUUCUCUCAAAUUUUGUGCACAAAUUUGUUUACAUGCCUGUUAGUGAGUAUUUCUCCUUUGCCAAGAGGAUCCAUCCAUCUGACAGGUGUGGAUUAUCAAGAAGCUGAUUAAACAGCGUGAUCAUUACACAGGCGCACCUUGUGCUGGGGACAAUAAAAGGCCACUCUAAACUGUGCAGUUUUGUCACACAGUACAAUGCAGCAGAUGUAUCAAGUUUUGAGUGAGCCUCCAACGUCGUUUUAGAGAAUUUGGCAGUACAUCCAACCGGCCUCACAACCGCAAACCACUUGUAUGGCGUCGUGUGGGUGAGUGGUUUGCUGAUGGCAACGUUGUGAACAGAGUGCCCCAUGGUGGUGUUGGGGUUAUGAUAUGGGCAGGCAUACAGUGCGUUCGAAAAGUAUUCAGACCCCUUUACUUUUUCCACAUUGUGUUACGUUACAGCCGUAUUCUUACAAUGGAUUAAAUAGUUUCCUCACCAAUCUACACACAAUACCCUAUAAUGACAAAUCAAAAACAGGUUGACUCUAAUCUUUGUAGUUGUUUUAUUUCUGAUAUAUUUUGAUGAAUAUUUCUUCAUGCAAUUAAUCCUUUACAAUAGUUUAUGCACUAUUUAUCCAGCGUUUUAUUUAUUAAGCAUGUUGGCGCACCUUGCUGGUUGAUAUGCAUCUGAUGCAUAUGCUAAAGGGGACGCCCAGUCAUGUUCUCUAGCGGGAUUCCUCCUUUAAUGACCUGUACCAUGAGUACUGCGACUAGAAAUGCAUCUUUUAACAUAAAAAUGCAUCUUUUAACAUAAAAAUGCAUAUUUUAACAUAAAAAUGCUUCUCUAAACAUUAAAAGCAUCUCUAAACAUGUAUUGGCAUUUAUAAUGUCUGUUGUUCUGAAAGUUUUCAUAUAUAUAUAGUGUUACUGUUUCUUCAUCAGUACAUGCCCUGUAGUCCAGAGGGUUAUUUCAAAGCAUAUUACGUCUGUUGGUGAUUAGUCUCCCUAGGCAGACGGGUUACCUCCCACUUUAACCUCUUAAGGAUCGGACCCUUUUUUUCAAUUUUAGCCUAAAAUGACAUACCCAAAUCUAACUGCCUGUAGCUCAGGACCUGAAGCAAGGAUAUGCAUAUUCUAGAUACCAUUUGAAAGGAAACACUUUGAAGUUUGUGGAAAUGUGAAAUUAAUGUAGGAGAAUAUAAUACAUUAGAUCUGGUAAAAGAUAAUACAAACCAAAAAACAUGCGGGUUUUUUUCCAGUUUUUUUUCAUCAUCUUUGAAAUGCAACGAAAGGCCACAAUAUAAUAUUGCAGUUUAGGCACAAAUUAGAUUGUGGCCACGAGAUGGCUGCAGUGUGUGUGCAAAGUUUCAGAUUGAUCCAGUGAAGCAUUGCAAUACUGGACUAUUUUGUAUGAAGUCUGCCCAAAUGUGCCGAAAUGGUCAAUUGAUACAUUUUCAAGUACAUAACUAUGGAGAACAUAUAUUUUGUAUUACCAUAUCAUUUUUGUAAGUUUCCACACUCCCAGGAAUGUCAUACAUGAUGGAUCAUUAGGUUAGACACUAACUUUCACACAUCUAGAUGGCCGGGUGGGGUGGGAGUGGAGCCAGAGACAGCAGGGGUUCAAACUGUAGAACCCAGUUCCUACAUUUGAAUAUAAAAAUGGAUUUUAUCAAACAAAACCAUGCUACAUUUCAUCUUUGGGACCCUUAGGAUGACAAAUCAGAGCAAGAUUACUGAAUGUAAGUACAUUAUUUACAUUCAGAGGUGAAUGUAUCAAACCAGUUGCCGUGAUAGGUUUUUUGUUGUUGUGCACUCUCCUCAAACAAUAGCAUGGUAUCUUUUCACUGUAAUAGCUACUGUAAAUUGGACAGUGUAGUUAGAUUAACAAGAAUUUAAGCUUUCUGCCCAUAUAAGACAUGUCUGUCCAGGAAAGUUUGCUGUUACUUACAACAGUCAUGCUAAUCACAUUAGCGCACGUUAGCUCAACCGUCCCGUAUACGGGACACCGAUCCGGUAGAGGUUAACAAUGUUCCAUCAUACACGCUCGGGGUCUGGGAGCUCUGUCACUGGUUGGUGACGACAGAAGCCUGAGAAAUAUUGUCACCUCAUUAUUGUUGGAAUGUUCCCCUUUGUAUAUAAACUUGUAUAUAAACAGUCAAGGACUGCUAUGACGACUUCUGGUUUGAAAUGAAUUGGCCCAUCCAGAACUCUCAUUAUAAGUUAAUUAACUGAUUUCAAGAUAGCAGCAUAAUCACCUUUUCAUUCAUUAGUUUAUAGAUUUUUUUGUUUCUAGUUAUUACCAUAUUUUAAUGAUGAGUAAUGUGAACGCGCGCGCGUGCACACAGAGUUGAUUCAUGAACGUGUGAUGAGAUUGAUGCAGUUUGCUCUGUGGGUUCUGUCUACUUUGUCCCCCUUGUCAAGGCAUUGACAGACACUGGCUCAGAGAAGUAUAUGGAGGUACAGUUUCUAAUGUGCAUCAUGUCUAGGUAAUGGUGUGAGACUAACCACGUGACAACAGCACCAUUUUGAACACUGCAUUCAGUCAGUUGGUCAAAUCUAAAGUUUUGGCUUUUCAAUGUGUGUACUCAUGUUUGGAUUAAAGUACUAAUCAUGCAAGUGUUGAAUUGUAGUAGGGGUUUGAUUUGAUCACAGAAAUGCUGUACAUAUUUUAAAUACAUUUAUUGUAGAAUGCAUCCACAGUUGAUUUAAUGUAUUUUACUAAUCAUGUAAGAGUUGCAUCGUCAACAGAAUGUUUUUGGCAGGUUUGAUAAAUGGAUUGUAGAAGGCAUCCACUGUGAAAUGGAAUGAGUGUUUCCUGUUCUGUGAUGUUACUGUCUGUCUUUCACAACCUGACAUAGAGAGGGGGAAUGAGAGGGAGAAAGAGAGGAGAGGGAGAAAGAGAGGGGGAAAGAGAGGAGGGAGGAGAGGGAGGAAAAGAGAGGGGAAAGAGAGGAGAGGGAGAAAGAGAGGGGGAAAGAGAGGAGGAGGGAGAGGGGGAAAGGAAGAGGGAGGAGAAGAGAGGGGAGAAAGAGGGGGAAAGAGAGGAGGAGGAGAGGGGGAAAGAGAGGAGGAGGAGAGGAGAGGGAGAAAGAGGAGGAGGAGAGGGAGAAAGAGAGGGGGAAAGAGAGGAGGAGGAGGAGGAGAGGGGGAAAGAGAGGAGAUGGGGAAAGAGAGGAGGAGGAGGAGAGGGGGAAAGAGAGGAGGAGAGGGGGAAAGAGAGGAGGAGGAGGAGGAGAGGGGGAAAGAGAGGAGGAGGAGGAGAGGGGGAAAGAGAGGAGGAGAGGGGGAAAGAGAGGGAGCCAUCAAUUUACAACCAUUACAACCAUCCCUUUAGAACCACUUUACAAUCAUUACAACCAUCACUUUAGAACCGCUUUACAACCGUUACUUUAGAACCACUUUUCAACCAUUACAACAAUCAUUGCAACCAGUUUACAACCAUCAUUUCUACCAGCUUUUCCUGCUGAGAAUGAACAGUAGUCUUUUUUUAUUUUUUUAUUUUGCACUGGGUUUUCGAAAAAAAUUUUAAGGUGUUUUCUAAAGUGUUACAUUAAGUUAUUGAAAUAAUUUAAUCUCAUAACAGGAGUGAACAUCUUAUAAUGGCCGUUAUUGAAAUGGCUCUCUCUCUCUCUCUCUCUCUCCAUCUCUCGCUUUCCUUCUCUCCCAACCAAAGGAGAUCAAAAAGUUCAUCAAGGCUACAUCUGAGAAAAUCAAGAAGACCAGGGACAAAUACGGCAUCAACGAUAAUGGCACCACAGAGGUAGGCCUUUUUAUCCUUUAUAUUUAACCAAGUCACAUUGACAAUGACAUCUCUUUUUCAAGCAGUCCUUCCAGGAUUUAGCAAUUAUCUUUAUAUUAUGCGUGCGCUUGCAAAUAUGACCAAUCACUGCACUGUUAUUGCAUAAAACAGUAAGAUCAGUGCAAUAUUACCACAUAAAACUGUCUAAUCACCACACUACAAAAUGACGGCUCGCGAUUUUAACCGAUCACCGCACUUUUACUGCAUAAAAUUAUUCAAUCAAAAAACGUUUUCCCCGUCAGAGCUUUUUCGGGACAAUUUGGACAAAAAAUUGCCUUACUUGACUGUGUAAAUCCUCUCUCUCUGUAUCUGUUCAUUAGACUAUCGCAGUGUAAAUCCUCUCUCUCGCUCUCUGUAUCUGACCUUUAGACUACCUCAGUGUAAAUUAGGGCUGUCCCCGACUAAAAAAGAUCUUGUUUAGACCGAAAGUCCUCUUCUUUCGACCAAUCGAUUAGUUAACAUUUUUAAACAUGUAUUUUUUCAUAUAUAGACACACCCUAUGUGUUUUAAUAAAAUCAACUAUAUAUGCAUUGAGCUUAUCCAAUGCUAUAAGCGCAGUUUGAUGACAUAAGACACAAAUGCCUCAAGAGGGAGCCAGAGAUCAAGAUAACCAGAAUGAAAAAACCUUAACCUGACCCAACCAUCCUCCUCCCGCUCCGCCUGGCUUUCACAGAUUCUGGCUUUACUAUCCUGAAGUUGCCGGUUGUAGGCUACAUGAGGAGUCGGAAACCUUUCUUAUGUGGAAUGCCAAUUUCUUACAAUUUCUUCCGAUCUGCGUGCCAGUUAUGGUUUUGAUAUGCACAUUUUCGUGGAACAGUUUUAUUUCAUUUUUAAUAACGUCUUUGUAUCUCAAAGUCAUUGCCAUGUGGUUAAUCAAAAUUCUAUCCAAAUCUAAAUGAAAAUGAUACAAACCGAAAACUUAAUUUAUAUUGCCAUUGCCAACUAUGUAAAAAUUGCCUACAUAAAGCCAACAAAUGAAAACAUUGCAGCCUGCAAAUAUCCUGAUUUGAAAUAAAAAUAAAUCCUGUAAAUCAUAUUUGCGCAAGGGAUAAGAAGUAAUCAGGUAGGCCUAUUUUAUGAAGUUUCCACUGGAUCAGAGCAUUACAUUUUUCCCUUUAACGAUGAGUGGUUAAUCGAAAGGGAGAGAGCUGGAAAGAUUUUUUCAAAUACACUACCGGUCAAAAGUUUUAGAACACCUCCAUUUUCCCAGUUUUUAUUGAAAUUCACACAGUUUUAAUGUCUUAAUGUACUCUGAAAUUAAAGCAUAGAACAAAUAAACAAUUGGAGACAAAAAAAUAAAUAAUGGAAUCGUUUUGUUUAACAAAUUGUAAUCUACAUUUUUGAAUCAUCAAAGUAGCCACCUUUUGCAGACAUACAGUGGGGAAAAAAAGUAUUUAGUCAGCCACCAAUUGUCCAAGUUCUCCCACUUAAAAAGAUGAGAGAGGCCUGUAAUUUUCAUCAUAGGUACACGUCAACUAUGACAGACAAAAUGACAGAAAAAAAAUCCAGAAAAUCACAUUGUAGGAUUUUGAAUGAAUUUAUUUGCAAAUUAUGGUGGAAAAUAAGUAUUUGGUCACCUACAAACAAGUAAGAUUUCUGGCUCUCACAGACCUGUAACUUCUUCUUUAAGAGGCUCCUCUGUCCUCCACUUGUUACCUGUAUUAAUGGCACCUGUUUGAACUUGUUAUCAGUAUAAAAGACUCUCAGAUCCACCUCUACGCAGACGACACCAUUUUGUAUACAUCUGGCCCUUCAUUGGACACUGUGUUAACAAACCUCCAAACGAGCUUCAAUGCCAUACAACACUCCUUCAGUAGCCUCCAACUGCUCUUAAACACUAGUAAAACUAAAUGCAUGCUCUUCAAUCGAACGCUGCUGGCACCCGCCCACCCGACUAGAAUCACUACUCUCGACGGGUCUGACCUAGAGUAUGUGGACAACUACAAAUACCUAGGUGUCUGGUUAGACUGUAAACUCUCCUUCCAGACUCACAUUAAGAAUCUCCAAUCCAAAGUUAAAUCUAGAAUCUGCUUCCUAUUUCGCAACAAAGCCUCCUUCACUCAUGCUGCCAAACAUGCCCUCGUAAAACUGACUAUCCUACCGAUCCUUGACUUCGGCGAUGUCAUUUACAAAAUAGCCUCCAAUACUCAGCAAAUUGGAUGUAGUCUAUCACAGUGCCAUCCGUUUUGUCUCCAAAGCCCCAUACACUACCCACCACUGUGACCUGUACGCUCUUGUUGGCUGGUCCUCACUACAUGUUCGUCGUCAAACCCACUGGCUCCAGGCCAUCUAUAAAUCACUGCUAGGCAAAUCCCCGCCUUAUCUUAGCUCAUUGGUCACCAUAGCAGCACCCACCCGUAGUCUGCGCUCCAGCAGGUAUAUUUCACUGGUCAUCCCCAAAGCCAACACCUCCUUUGGCCGCCAUUCCUUCCAGUUCUCUGCUGCCAAUGACUGGAACGAAUUGCAAAAAUCUCUGAAGCUGGAGACUCUUGUCUCCCUCACUAACUUUAAGCAUCAGUUGUCAGAGCACCUUACCGAUCACUGCACCUGUACACAGCCCAUCUGAAAUUAGCCCACCCAACUACCUCAUCCCUAUAUUGUUAUUUAUUUUGCUCUUUUGCACCCCACUAUCUCUAUUUGCACAUAAUCUCUUGCACAUCUAUCAUUCCAGUGUUAAUACUAAUUGUAAUUAUUUUGCACUAUAGCCUAUUUAUUGCCUUACCUCCAUAACUUGCUACAUUUGCACACACUGUAUAUAUAUUUUCUGUUGUAUUUUUUGACUUUGUUUUUUUUACCCCAUAUGUAACUCUGUGUUGUUUUUAUCGCACUGCUUUGCUUUAUCUUGGCCAGGUCGCAGUUGUAAAUGAGAACUUGUUCUCAAGUGGCUUACCUGGUUAAAUAAAGGUUAAAUAAAAAAUUUCACCACCCUGUGAAGUUCAUCAUAACAUAUUUUCAUCUGUAGCCUAAUAAACUGCAUGGUUUCCUGAGUCGUAGUGGGAGACCACACAACAUGUCAUCGCGUGACUCCAAAUUUACUGCUAUAUGAUGGUUAUUAUAUCAAUUUUUGCGCAUAAAAUCAUCUCCACCAAAAUGUCUCGCAUAAUUAAUUUUACAGACAGAAAAACAUCUCACGUUGUCUAGCUUAUUUUGUUUUAUCGACAUAAGGAAAGUUUACCGAAACAUUUACCGUUUCCAUCAGGCCUGUCUAUCUCAGUGUAAAUCCUCUCUCUCUCUGUAUCUGAGUCCAUUAGACUAUAUCAGUGUAAAUUAUCUUGUUCUCUCUCUCUCUCUCUCUCUCUCUCUCUCUCUCUCUCUCUCUCUCUCUCUCUCUCUCUCUCUCUCUCUCUCUCUCUCUCUCUCUGUCUCUCUGUCUCUCUGUCUCUCUGUCUCUCUGUCUCUCUGUCUCUCUCUCUCUCUCUCUCUCUCUCUCUCUCUCUCUCUCUCUCUCUCUCUGUCUCUGUCUCUCUCUGACUCUCUCUCUGUCUCUGUCUCUGUCUCUGUCUCUCUCUGUCUCUGUCUCUGUCUCUCUCUGUCUCUCUCUCUGUCUCUCUCUCUCUCUCUCUCUCUCUCUCUGUCUCUCUCUCUCUCUGUCUCUGUCUCUCUCUCUGUCUCUCUCUCUCUCUCUGUCUCUCUCUCUCUCUGUCUCUGUCUCUGUCUCUCUCUCUGUCUCUCUCUCUCUGUCUGUCUGUGUUUCAGCCCAAAGUUCUGUAUCAGUUGGACCGCAUCACUCCCAGCCAGCUAGAGAAGUUUCUGGAGACCUGCAGGGACAAGUACAUGAGGUACUGUGUCUGUGGUGAUCACUGCUCACAGGUGGUUGUGUCUGUGGUGAUCACUGCUCACAGGUGGUUGUGUCUGUGGUGAUCACUGCUCACAGGUGGUUGUGUUUUAAUUGAGUGAUAAGUAACCUUGCUUGAGACUUGGAAGACUUGUGUUCGAUCCCCAAGCAAAUGCCUAGGAGAAUCUUGGAGACCUGGGUUCAAACCCCGGUAGGACACACUAUGCCCAUUGAUCCUAUGUCUCAAUCCAAUCUGUCUGAAAACGUUUGUUAGCUCCCCAUGCUAAUGCUUAGGCUUUUAGCUCAGCGGGUCGACCCAGGUUUGAACCCCCGUUAGGUAACACUUUGCCCAUUCAUCCUAGAGCUCAGAUGGAGCCGGGCUCGGCAGUAGGAGCCCUCUGUGCCCAAAGCAUUGGGGAGCCUGGUACCCAGAUGACCCUGAAAACCUUCCACUUUGCUGGGGUGGCUUCCAUGAACAUCACCCUGGGGGUCCCACGCAUCAAGGAGAUCAUCAACGCAUCCAAGAACAUCAGGUGGGUGGGAGUCGAAGCCCUUAUUAAAGCUCCUUUUAAAAUGGCUUAGGACAGGGGGAUUCAGAUCUGAGCCUGGAGGUCCGGAGUACUGCUGGUUUGCUGUUCUACACGAUGAUUCAUUGUACCCACCUGGUGUCCCAAGUCUAGGAAGAAUGAAAAUCAGCAGUGGAACUGGCUUCCAGGUCCAGAUUUGAAUGGACCUGGUUUAGGAUGGUCAGUCAACAUCAGAUGUGAGUCAGAGCUGGACUUGGAGAGGUCUCUCUUAAUCCUCUAUCUUUUUCUCUCCAGACUGUUAUAGUAGAUUGAUCAUUGUUACAAGUUACUAGGAGAAGUUCAGAUUCAAUCAGUUUCACCCUGAAGCGUAAUGCCUAAAAACAGAAAGAUAAAUAGUUUUCGGCCAAAUCCUCCCUCGUCUCCCUGAACGGGAAUAAGUCCAGAAUGGCAUCAUAUUCCUUACAUAGUGCACUACUUUUGACCGGAGCCCCAUAUAGGGAAUAGGGUGCUGUUUGGACGCAGCCGGGGUCCUUCGGAGCGGACCGCCGUGUUCCAUUAGCUCUGAUUGGUGUCUGCUUCCACAUGACUAGACAGACAAAAAUGAUCUUCCAAUCACAGUGCCCAACCGUAAUGUUCCCCCUGUCCGCCGGGGGUUAUUCUGCUCCGUGUCCCAAUCACACGGCUCGGAGAGAAUCCUGGAGAAGGAAUGAGAAUACACCUUAGGAAAGGAGGGAGAGAGAGAGGGAAACGGAGAGAGAGAGGGAAACGGAGAGAGAGAGGGAAACGGAGGGAGAGAGAGAGGGAAACGAAUGGAGAGAGGGAGGGAAACGGAGGGAGAGAGGGAGGGAAACGAAGGGAGAGAGAGAGGGAAACGAAGGGAGAGACAGAGGGAGAGAGGGAAACUGAGGGAGAGAGAGAGGGAAACUGAGGGAGAGAGAGAGGGAAACUGAGGGAGAGAGAGAGAGGGGGAAAACGGAGUGAGAGAGAGAGGGAAACUGAGGGAGAGAGAGGAGAGAGGGAGGGAAACGAAGGGAGAGAGAGAGGGAAACGAAGGGAGAGAAAGAGGAGAGAGGGAAAAUGAGGGAGAGAGAGAGGGAUGAGGAGAGAGAGGGGAAACUGAGGGAGAGAGAGAGGGAAACUGAGGGAGAGAGAGAGAGGAAAACGGAGUGAGAGAGAGAGGGAAACUGAGGGAGAGAGAGGGAAACUGAGGGAGAGAGAGGGAAACUGAGGGAGAGAGAGGGGAAACGAGGGAGGGAGAGGGAAAGGAGUGAGAGAGGAGGGAAAGGAGUGGAGAGAGAGAGGGAAACGGAGUGAGAGAGAGAGGGAAACGGAGUGAGAGAGAGAGGGAAACGGAGUGAGAGAGAGAGGGAAACGAAGGGAGAGAGAGAGGGAAACUGAGGGAGAGAUACAGAGCGAGAGAGGCUAAAUCUCAAACCAAUUGCCUCACACAAUGCCAAGCGUUGAGCAGCACCCAUUUUAAAUGCCACUCUUUUCAGAAUGGCACAAACCUAAAAUGCUUCUUUUGUCUUCCCUUCAGCACACCUAUAAUCAGCGCUCACUUGGAUGUGGACGAUGAUGCAGACUUUGGCCGACUGGUGAAAGGAAGGAUUGAAAAGACCCUUCUGGGAGAGGUAGCUAGCUAUUCAACAUGUACAGUGGGGAAAAAAGUAUUUAGUCAGCCACCAAUUGUGCAAGUUCUCCCACUUAAAAAGAUGAGAGAGGCCUGUAAUUUUCAUCAUAGGUACACGUCAACUAUGACAGACAAAUUGAGAAAAAAAAUUCCAGAAAAUCACAUUGUAGGAUUUUUAAUGAAUUUAUUUGCAAAUUAUGGUGGAAAAUAAGUAUUUGGUCACCUACAAACAAGCAAGAUUUCUGGCUCUCACAGACCUGUAACUUCUUCUUUAAGAGGCUCCUCUGUCCUCCACUCGUUACCUGUAUUAAUGGCACCUGUUUGAACUUGUUAUCAGUAUAAAAGACACCUGUCCACAACCUCAAACAGUCACACUCCAAACUCCACUAUGGCCAAGCCCAAAGAGCUGUCAAAGGACACCAGAAACAAAAUUGUAGACCUGCACCAGGCUGGGAAGACUGAAUCUGCAAUAGGUAAGCAGCUUGGUUUGAAGAAAUCAACUGUGGGAGCAAUUAUUAGGAAAUGGAAGACAUAAAAGACCACUGAUAAUCUCCCUCGAUCUGGGGCUCCACGCAAGAUUUCACCCCGUGGGGUCAAAAUGAUCACAAGAACGGUGAGCAAAAAUCCCAGAACCACACGGGGGGACCUAGUGAAUGACCUGCAGAGAGCUGGGACCAAAGUAACAAAGCCUACCAUCAGUAACACACUACGCCGCCAGGGACUCAAAUCCUGCAGUGCCAGACGUGUCCCCCUGCUUAAGCCAGUACAUGUCCAGGCCCGUCUGAAGUUUGCUAGAGUGCAUUUGGAUGAUCCAGAAGAGGAUUGGGAGAAUGUCAUAUGGUCAGGUUAAACCAAAAUAUAACUUUUUGGUAAAAACUCAACUCGUCGUGUUUGGAGGACAAAGAAUGCUGAGUUGCAUCCAAAGAACACCAUACCUACUGUGAAGCAUGGGGGUGGAAACAUCAUGCUUUGGGGCUGUUUUUCUGCAAAGGGACCAGGACGACUGAUCCGUGUAAAGGAAAGAAUGAAUGGGGCCAUGUAUCGUGAGAUUUUGAGUGAAAACCUCCUUCCAUCAGCAAGGGCAUUGAAGAUGAAACGUGGCUGGGUCUUUCAGCAUGACAAUGAUCCCAAACACACCGCCCGGGCAAAGAAGCAUUUCAAGGUCCUGGAGUGGCCUAGCCAGUCUCCAGAUCUCAACCCCAUAGAAAAUCUUUGGAGGGAGUUGAAAGUCUGUGAUGCCCAGCAACAGCCCCAAAACAUCACUGCUCUAGAGGAGAUCUGCAUGGAGGAAUGGGCCAAAAUACCAGCAACAGUGUGUGAAAACCUUGUGAAGACUUACAGAAAACGUUUGACCUGUGUCAUUGCCAACAAAGGGUAUAUAACAAAGUAUUGAGAAACUUUUGUUAUUGACCAAAUACUUAUUUUCCACCAUAAUUUGCAAAUAAAUUCAUUAAAAAUCCUACAAUGUCAUUUUCUGGGAAAAAAAAUCUCAUUUUGUCUGUCAUAGUUGAUGUGUACCUAUGAUGAAAAUUACAGGCCUCAUCUUUUUAAGUGGGAGAACUUGCACAAUUGGUGGCUGACUAAAUACUUUUUUUCCCCACUGUAGCUACUCUACAGGUAGCUAGCUAUUCAACAUGUAUAUAGCUACUCUACAGGUAGCUAGCUUUUCAACAUGUAUAUAGCUACUAUACAGGUAGCUAGCUAUUCAACAUGUAUAUAGCUACUAUACAGGUAGCUAGCUAUUCAACAUGUAUAUAGCUACUAUACAGGUAGCUAGCUAUUCAACAUGUAUAUAGCUACUAUACAGGUAGCUAGCUAUUCAACAUGUAUAUAGCUACUCUACAGGUAGCUAGCUAUUCAACAUGUAUAUAGCUACUAUACAGGUAGCUAGCUAUUCAACAUGUAUAUAGCUACUAUACAGGUAGCUAGCUAUUCAACAUGUAUAUAGCUACUCUACAGGUAGCUAGCUAUUCAACAUGUAUAUAGCUACUCUACAGGUAGCUAGCUAUUCAACAUGUAUAUAGCUACUCUACAGGUAGCUAGCUAUUCAACAUGUAUAUAGCUACUAUACAGGUAGCUAGCUAUUCAACAUGUAUAUAGCUACUCUACAGGUAGCUAGCUAUUCAACAUGUAUAUAGCUACUAUACAGGUAGCUAGCUAUUCAACAUGUAUAUAGCUACUAUACAGGUAGCUAGCUAUUCAACAUGUAUAUAGCUACUAUACAGGUAGCUAGCUAUUCAACAUGUAUAUAGCUACUAUACAGGUAGCUAGCUAUUCAACAUGUAUAUAGCUACUCUACAGGUAGCUAGCUAUUCAACAUAUAUAUAUAGCUACUCUACAGGUAGCUAGCUAUUCAACAUGUAUAUAGCUACUCUACAGGUAGCUAGCUAUUCAACAUGUAUAUAGCUACUAUACAGGUAGCUAGCUAUUCAACAUGUAUAUAGCUACUCUACAGGUAGCUAGCUAUUCAACAUGUAUAUAGCUACUAUACAGGUAGCUAGCUAUUCAACAUGUAUAUAGCUACUCUACAGGUAGCUAGCUAUUCAACAUAUAUAUAGCUACUCUACAGGUAGCUAGCUAUUCAACAUGUAUAUAGCUACUCUACAGGGACAACAUGUCACCACUGUAAUGUCACCCUUUUCUCCAGAACAUAAUGAGUCACACAGGGGAAUGAUUCCCACUCUGCAGGUGGCUGUGCGUUGUGCUGUUUUGAAUACAUGUGAUUCUGUCGUCAUGAUCAGGCACUACAGUUCAAGAGUACACGAUGUGAAAGAAAUAAGAAUGCAUAUGGAUCACUACAGUUCCAUCCGUGGUUCCUUAGAACGCUGACAGGCUCUCACAUUCUGCCAGAGAUCACUACAGUUCCAUCCGUGGUUCCAUAGAACGCUGACAGGCUCUCACAUUCUGCCAGAGAUCACUCCAGUUCCAUCCGUGGUUCCAUAGAACGCUGACAGGCUCUCACAUUCUGCCAGAGAUCACUACAGUUCCAUCCGUGGUUCCUUAGAACGCUGACAGGCUCUCACAUUCUGCCAGAGAUCACUACAGUUCCAUCCGUGGUUCCAUAGAACGCUAAAAGGCUCUCAUAUUCUGCCAGAGAUCACUCCAGUUCCAUCCGUGGUUCUAUAGAACGCUGACAGGCUCUCACAUUCUGCCAGAGAUCACUACAGUUCCAUCCGUGGUUCUAUAGAACGCUGACAGGCUCUCACAUUCUGCCAGAGAUCACUACAGUUCCAUCCGUGGUUCCAUAGAACGCUGACAGGCUCUCACAUUCUGCCAGAGAUCACUACAGUUCCAUCCGUGGUUCCAUAGAACGCUGACAGGCUCUCACAUUCUGCCAGAGAUCACUACAGUUCCAUCCGUGGUUCCAUAGAACGCUGACAGGCUCUCACAUUCUGCCAGAGAUCACUACAGUUCCAUCCGUGGUUCCAUAGAACGCUGACAGGCUCUCACAUUCUGCCAGAGAUCACUACAGUUCCAUCCGUGGUUCCAUAGAACGCUGACAGGCUCUCACAUUCUGCCAGAGAUCACUACAGUUCCAUCCGUGGUUCUAUAGAACGCUGACAGGCUCUCACAUUCUGCCAGAGAUCACUACUGUUCCAUCCGUGGUUCCAUAGAACGCUGACAGGCUCUCACAUUCUGCCAGAGAUCACUACAGUUCCAUACGUGGUUCCAUAGAACGCUGACAGGCUCUCACAUUCUGCCAGAGAUCACUACAGUUCCAUCCGUGGUUCCAUAGAACGCUGACAGGCUCUCACAUUCUGCCAGAGAUCACUCCAGUUCCAUCCGUGGUUCCAUAGAACGCUGACAGGCUCUCACAUUCUGCCAGAGAUCACUACAGUUCCAUCCGUGGUUCCAUAGAACGCUGACAGGCUCUCACAUUCUGCCAGAGAUCACUCCAGUUCCAUCCGUGGUUCCAUAGAACGCUGACAGGCUCUCACAUUCUGCCAGAGAUCACUACAGUUCCAUCCGUGGUUCCAUAGAACGCUGACAGGCUCUCACAUUCUGCCAGAGAUCACUCCAGUUCCAUCCGUGGUUCCAUAGAACGCUGACAGGCUCUCACAUUCUGCCAGAGAUCACUCCAGUUCCAUCCGUGGUUCCAUAGAACGCUGACAGGCUCUCACAUUCUGCCAGAGAUCACUACAGUUCCAUCCGUGGUUCCAUAGAACGCUGACAGGCUCUCACAUUCUGCCAGAGAUCACUACAGUUCCAUCCGUGGUUCCAUAGAACGCUGACAGGCUCUCACAUUCUGCCAGAGAUCACUCCAGUUCCAUCCGUGGUUCUAUAGAACGCUGACAGGCUCUCACAUUCUGCCAGAGAUCACUACAGUUCCAUCCGUGGUUCCAUAGAACGCUGACAGGCUCUCACAUUCUGCCAGAGAUCACUACAGUUCCAUCCGUGGUUCCAUAGAACGCUGACAGGCUCUCACAUUCUGCCAGAGAUCACUACAGUUCCAUCCGUGGUUCCAUAGAACGCUGACAGGCUCUCACAUUCUGCCAGAGAUCACUCCAGUUCCAUCCGUGGUUCCAUAGAACGCUGACAGGCUCUCACAUUCUGCCAGAGAUCACUACAGUUCCAUCCGUGGUUCCAUAGAACGCUGACAGGCUCUCACAUUCUGCCAGAGAUCACUACAGUUCCAUCCGUGGUUCCAUAGAACGCUGACAGGCUCUCACAUUCUGCCAGAGAUCACUCCAGUUCCAUCCGUGGUUCCAUAGAACGCUGACAGGCUCUCACAUUCUGCCAGAGAAACCAAGGUUAAACAAGUCUAACUUAGCUGACAUCGAUCAGUGUUCCAACUGUCACUUCAGUGUAGAAGUGGAGGACGUCCCUCUAUGGUUAUUGGAAACACACUGUUUACUGUAUACUUACUGUGUACUUGAAGAUAAAAUAACACCGUUCUGCCAUUUACAACAGCAAAUCAAAGUUUGCCGUUUUGACUUGUAAAUGAUUGAGUACAUAUCAGCCUCUCUCCCUGACAGAUUUCGGAGUACAUUGAAGAGGUGUUUCUGCCAGACGACUGUUUCAUUCUGGUCAAGCUGUCGCUGGAGAGGAUCAGACUGCUACGACUAGAGGUACCAACAUAGAAAUACAGCCACUAUUCUGUUCAUUCUAUUGAUUAUGCUAUUCAUUAUAUUUCUGUAUGACUAUUCUAUUAAUUAUAUUUCUAAAUGACUAUUCUGUUCAUUAUAUUUCUAAAUGACUAUUCUAUUAAUUAUAUUAAUCUAAUUAUAUUUCUAUAUGACUAUUCUGUUCAUUCUAUUAACUAUAUUAAUUAUAUUUCUAAAUGACUAUUCUGUUCAUUAUAAUUCUAAAUGACUAUUCUAUUCAUUCUAUUGACUACACUAUAUAUACAAAAGUAUGUGGACACCCUUUCAAAUUAGUGGAUUCGGCUAUUUCAGCCACACCCGUUGCUGACAGGUGUAUAAAAUCGAGCACACCGCCAUGCAAUCUCCAUAGACAAACAUUGGCAGUAGAACGGCCUAACUAAAGAGGUCGGUGACUUUCAGCGUGGCACCGUCAUAGGAUGCCACCUUUCCAACAAGUCAGUUUGUCAAAUUUCUGCCCUGCUAGAGCUGCCCCCGAUCAACUGUAAGUGCUGUUAUUGUGAAGAGGAAACGUCUAGAAGCUACAACGGCUCAGCCGCUACCAAGUUCCAAUCUGCCUCUGGAAGCAACGUCAGCACAAGAACUGUUAGUCGGGAGCGUCAUGAAAUGGGUUUCCAUGGCCGAGCAGCCGCACACAAGCCUAAGAUCACCAUGCGCAAUGCCAAGCGUCGGCUGGAGUGGUGUAAAGCUCUGGAGCAGUGGAAACAUGCUUCACCAUCUGGCAGUCCGACGGACAAAUCUGGGUUUGGCGAAUGCAAGGAGAACGCUACCUGCCCGAAUGCAUAGUGCCAACUGUAAAGUUUGGUGGAGUAGGAAUAAUGGUCUGGGGCUGUUUUUCAUGGUUCAGGCUUGGCCACUUAGUUUCAGUGAAGGGAAACCUUAAUGCUACAGCAUACAAUGACAUUCUAGACGAUUCUGUGCUUCCAACUUUGUGGCAACAGUUUGGGGAUGGCCCUUUCCUGUUUCAGCAUGACAGUGCCAAAGUGCACAAAGCGAGGUCCAUACAGAAAUGGUUUGUCGACAUUGGUGUAGAAGAACUUGACUGGCCUGCACAGAGCCCUGAUCUCAACCCCAUUGAACACCUUUGGGAUGAAUUGGAACGCCGACUGCGAGCCAGGCCUAAUUGCCCAACAUCAGUGCCCGACCUCACUAAUGCUCUUGUGACUGAAUGGAAGCAAGUCCCCGCAGCAAUGUUCCAACAUCUAGUGGAAAGCCUUCCCAGAAGAGUGGAGGCUGUUAUAGCAGCAAAGGGGGGACCAACUCCAUAUUAAUGCCCAUGAUUUUGGAAUGAGAUGUUCGUGGUUUCAGGACAUCUGCCUUUGAUCUUUAUCAGGGGACAUUUUAGAGGAAAAGGUUUCUUAGUCCUCUUCGUCCCAGGUGGACAAAAGGUUUCUUACUUAGUCCUCUUCGUCUUGAGAUCACUCUGUAUUUAAUCACAUCUUGUGCACUUGUCCCAUGAGAACAUUUUACAUUUUAGUCAUUUAGCAGACGCUCUUAUCCAGAGCGACUUACAGUUAGUGAGUGCAUACAUUUUCAUACUGGCCCCCCCCCGUGGGAAACGAACCCACAACCCUGGCGUUGCAAACCUUCUCUUCCAGCUCAGUUUCAGCCACCACUGUCUGUCGCCGUGUAGUUUUUGGCCUGUCUUUAUCGAGAGAAAAGUUGCUCUUGAGAAUUUGAAUAUUUUAAUGUGAUUUAUACUUUCUUGUUAUAAGAAUUGAGACCUCGAUAAAGCUACUGUAAGAUCAAAAACAGAAAGUUAUAGUAUUUAUUUCCAACACAUAGCUCUGGGUUUCAAUGUGUUUUCAAUCAAUCAGAUGUAUUUCAUGAAGCCCUUUUUUCAUCAGCAGUGUUGUGUUCUGUCUUUGAAAGACCAGGUUUAAUAUUGAAGUCUGUUUGGUUUAAACAGGUGUUUGAAAAGAGAUCAAGCCAUGUUUUUGGACUAAGAGAUGGUCAGACUAACAGAGUCUUCCUUUGUCAGUUUAGACAGGUAGUCAGACACAGUCGGCCUUUGUCAGUUUAGACAGGUAGUCAGACAGACAGUCUUCCUUUGUCAGUUUAGACAGGUAGUCAGACAGACAGUCUGCCUUUGUCAGUUUAGACAGGUAGUCAGACAGACAGACAGUCUGCCUUUGUCAGUUUAGACAGGUAGUCAGACAGACAGUCUUCCUUUGUCAGUUUAGACAGGUAGUCAGACAGACAGUCUUCCUUUGUCAGUUUAGACAGGUAGUCAGACAGACAGUCUGCCUUUGUCAGUUUAGACAGGUAGUCAGACAGACAGUCUUCCUUUGUCAGUUUAGACAGGUAGUCAGACAGACAGUCUGCCUUUGUCAGUUUAGACAGGUAGUCAGACAGACAGUCUUCCUUUGUCAGUUUAGACAGGUAGUCAGACAGACAGUCUGCCUUUGUCAGUUUAGACAGGUAGUCAGACACAGUCGGCCUUUGUCAGUUUAGACAGGUAGUCAGACACAGUCGGCCUUUGUCAGUUUAGACAGGUAGUCAGACAGACAGUCUGCCUUUGUCAGUUUAGACAGGUAGUCAGACAGACAGUCUUCCUUUGUCAGUUUAGACAGGUAGUCAGACAGACAGUCGGCCUUUGUCAGUUUAGACAGGUAGUCAGACAGACAGUCUGCCUUUGUCAGUUUAGACAGGUAGUCAGACAGACAGUCUUCCUUUGUCAGUUUAGACAGGUAGUCAGACAGACAGUCUUCCUUUGUCAGUUUAGACAGGUAGUCAGACAGACAGUCUUCCUUUGUCAGUUUAGACAGGUAGUCAGACAGACAGUCUGCCUUUGUCAGUUUAGACAGGUAGUCAGAACAGUCGCCUGUGUCAGUUUAGAAGUGUCAGGACACAAGUCUUCCUUUGUCAGUUUCGACAGGGUAGUCAGACAGAGACAGUCGGCCCCUUUCUUUGAUGUUUGAUGUUCAACUGUGUGUGAUGUUGCUAUCGCUAUCUAGAUAGCAGGAUGAUCCGAAGAUAAUCGAGAGAGAUCGAGGAAGAGGGGGGAGAGAGGAGAUGAUGAGGGCAGGGCUCAGAGGGAGAGAGGGGGGAUCUAUGAGGAUAUUUAUGCUCUCUCUUUCUCUCUCUCUCUCUCUUUUUUUGUCUAUCUAUUUCUCUCUCUCUUUCUCUCUCUCUCUUCUCUCUCUCUCUCUCUCUUUUCUCUCUUUAUUUCUCUCUCUCGCUCUCUCGCUCUCUCUCUCUCUCUCUGUCUCUCUCUGCAUCUCUGUCUCUCCAGGUGAAUGCAGAGACGGUGCGCUACUCUAUCUGCAUGUCUAAGCUGAAAGUGAAGCCUGGAGACAUAGCUGUGCAUGGGGAGGCAGUGGUCUGUGUCUCGCCCAGGGAAAACAACAAGAGCUCCAUGUACUACGUCCUCCAGUCUCUGAAGGAUAACCUGCCCAAGGUAAGAAUAAUGUUUCAUUCCAAAUGGCACCCUAUUCAGCGCACUACUUUUGACUGGGGCUCUGGUAAAAAAUGAUUGAAGUAUAGGGAAUGGGGUGCCAUUUUGGAAGUCCCCACUGCUGCGCUAAAACAUGUAUAUUAUUGGUGGAAAAAAACGUUAAUCUUGUGUCAGUCCUCAGCCGGGUCUCAAAAUGGAUUAUUUUAGUGGGUUGUUUCUUUCAUGAUAUCAACAGGGGCAUUAUGCUUUGAAAUGCUUAUAAUUCACCAGGGGGUAAUGCUGCCAAGCCUUGUACAGUUCAUUAGAGAGGGAAAAGCUCCUAUAGGAAUACUCGAACUAUCUCUGACGCCUUACGCUGGGCACAUCACCAAUACCCCGAUAGGCGGAGAGCAUCGGAAAAAUAACGCACGAAGAGAAUAAAGAAGAAGAGCACCCGGAACUUAAAAGGAGAAGGGUAGAAGAGAGAGCAGAGACCGAAGACCCGCAAAAGAAGAAAAAAGGGGAAGGAGAAGAGAGUGUAAACGAGGACACAGGGAAGGAAUCGUAUUACCGCUCAUCUCCUCAUCCCUAUAUACCCCUCUCUCUGUCCCCUCUCUCCUCUCCUCCUCUCCUCCUCUCCCCUCUCUCUGUCCCCCUCUCCUCUCUCCUCUCCAUGUCUCUGUGGUGUUACUAGGUGGUUGUACAGGGUAUCCCUGAGGUCUCCAGAGCUGUCAUUCACAUCGACGAGCAGACCGGCAAGAACAAGUACAAGCUGCUGGUGGAGGGAGACAACCUGCGCAGCGUCAUGGCAACCCACGGUGUCAACGGCAACAGGACCACCUCUAACAACACCUAUGAGGUAACUGGUCUGUAGAAGCCCCUCCUGCCAAAACAAACGGCAUCAAAUUAUCGUCCCAUUGAUUGGCCUGAACCAAUUCACCCUAUGACAACUGUUGUUGUAAAAGAGGGGCUUUGUUAAUUAAAUGAAUGGAUUGAAUUCCCCACAAUGCCUCUGUGCUGAGAGCCGACUGAUUGUUCUCUCCUCCAGAACCAUCUACUUUCCCGGCGGCGGGGAUCCCGGUUCGAUCCCAGCAUGAGCCCUGUGCAUUUCUGUUACCCCAACUGUCUGCCUGCUGCUCCCAUUCUGUCAUUUCAUCAUUCAUACAAAUAGGAGUUUGGAAUUCCAUUCUCCUUUUUUUUUUAAACAUAUCUAAAAAGAAGCAACUGGCGGGUGGAUGAAUUGUCUCUCUGUGUGUUUCCCAGGUUGAGAAGACGCUUGGCAUCGAGGCGGCUAGGUCCACUAUCAUCAAUGAGAUACAGUACACCAUGGUGAACCACGGCAUGAGCAUCGACAGGAGACACGUCAUGCUCCUCGCAGACCUCAUGUCCUAUAAGGUUGGUGUUGGACAAGAUGGAGAAUGUUUUAUUCAAAGAUUAAUAAUAUUGAGUGAGUUUUACAUUGUAUUGUGAUGACAGAUGAAGUCCUCUGUUUACAGUUUAGAUGCAUGCCUAGGGUUGCAAAAUUCCUGGAACCUACAAUAAAUGUCCUGGUUUUCCCAAAAUCCCGGUUAGAGGCUUGCCGGAAUAGGGAGGAAAUCCGGAAUCAUGCAACCAGGAUUUCUGGAAAACCUGGGAAUUUAUUGAAAGUUCCCAGAAUUUUGCAACCCUAUGCAUGCCUACUCUCAGCUAAUGUCAUAUUUUACAUACGUUUUCCACUGAAACAUGUCAAAUCAUAUAAUAUGAUAAUAGAAAAUGCAUUGGAUAUACAGUCCGGUCCAAAAUGAUUGGCAACCUUGAUAAAGAUUAGCAGAAAAUACUGUAUAAAAUAAACAAUACAAAUACUAAGCUAUAUUGUAUGCUAAGAAAAUUGGGAAAUUAUAUUACACUGAACACAAAUAUGAACGCAAUAUGCAACCAAUUUAAAAGAUUUUGUAAGUAAAUCAGUCAAUUUAAAUAAAUUCAUUAGACCCUGAUCUAUGGAUUUCACAUGUCUGGGAAUACAGAUACCUUUUAAAAAAAAGGUAGGGGCGUGGGUCAGAAAACCAGUCAGUAUCCGGUGUGACCACCAUUUGCCUCAUGCAGCAAGACACAUCUCCUUCACAUAGAGUUGAUCAGACUGGUGAUUGUGGCCUGUGGAAUGUUGCCCCACUCUCCUUCAAUGGCUGUGCGAAGUUGCUGGAUAUUGAUGGGAACUGGAACACGCUGUCGUACACAUUGAUCCAGAGCAUCCCAAACGUGCUCAAUGGGUGACAUGUCUGGUGAGUAUGCAGGCCAUGGAAGAACUGGGACAUUUUCAGCUUCCAGGAAUUGUGUACAGAUCAUUGCAACAUGGGGCUGUGCAUUAUCAUGCUGAAACAUAUAUUUAUAUAUAUAUUUAUAUUUUUAGUCAUUUAGCAGACGCUCUUAUCCAGAGCGACUUACAUGAGCAAUUAGGGUUAAGUGCCUUGCUCAAGGGCACAUCGACAGAUUUUUCACCUAGUCGGCUCGGGGAUUAGAACCAGCGACCUUUCGGUUACUGGCACAACGCUCUUACCCACUAAGCUACCUAACAUGAGGUGAUGGCGGCGGAUUAAUGGCACAACAAUGGACCUCAGGAUCUCGUCACGGUAUCUCUGUGCGUUCAAAUUGCCAUCAAUAAAAUGCAUUUGUGUUCAUUGUCUGUAGCUUAUGCCUGCCCAUACCAUAACCCCACCGCCACCAUGGGGCACUCUGUUCACAACGCUGACAUCAGCAAACCGCUCACCUACACGACGCCAUACACGCUGUCUGACAUCUGCCUGGUACAGUUGAAACCGGGAUUCAUCCGUGAAGAGCACACUUCUCCAGCGUGCCAGUGGCCAUCGAAGAUGAGCAUUUUCCCACUGAAGUCGGUUACGAUGCCGAACUGCAGUCAGGUCAAGACCAUGGUGAGGACGACGAUCCCGCAGGUGAAGAAGCCAGAUGUGGAGGUCCUGGGCUGGCGUGGUUACACGUGGUCUGCGGUUGUGAGGCCGGUUGGACGUACUGCCAAAUUCUCUAAAACGAUGUUGGUAAAGAAAUGAACAUUACAUUCUAUGGCAACAGGUCUGGUGGACAUUCCUGCUGUCAGCAUGCCAAUUGCACACUCCCUCAAAACUUGAGACAUCUGUAGCAUUGUGUUGUGUGACAAAACAUCACAUUUUAGAGUGGCCUUUUCUUGUCCCCAGCACAAGGUGCCCCUGUGUAAUAAUCAUGCUGUUUAAUCAGCUUGAUAUGCCACACCUGUCAGGUGGAUGGAUUAUCUUGGCAAAGGAGAAAUGCUCACUAACAGGAAUGUAAACAAAUUUGUGCACAAUUUGAUUUGAGAGAAAUAAGCUUUUUGUGUGUAUGGAACGUUUCUGGGAUAUUUUAUUUCAGCUCAUGAAACAUGGGACCAACACUUUACAUGUUGCAUUUAUAUUUUUGUUCAGUAUAUUUUUUAUACUAAUACAAUUCCUCAGAGAAAGAGAUUUUGUUUAACAAGUAAUAAAACAAAAUCUCUGUUUAUGAUAGGAUACAAUAUGUGUAAUAGAAUAUGUAAUGGGUUUUAAGUAAUAGGGUUAUGCAAUAGGAUAAUGUAAUAAGAUUAUGUAAUAGGGUUAUGCAAUAUGAUAAUGUAAUAGGAUAAUGUAAUAAGAUAAUGUAAUAGGGUUAAGCAAUAUGAUAAUGUAAUAGGAUAAUGUAAUAUGAUAAUGUAAUAGGAUAAUGUAUUUGCCCUCCAUAGGGUGAGAUCCUAGGCAUCACCAGGUUUGGCCUGGCUAAGAUGAAGGAGAGCGUCUUGAUGCUGGCAUCCUUUGAGAAAACUGCCGACCAUCUCUUUGAUGCUGCGUACUUUGGACAGAAGGACUCAGUCUGUGGUGAGUUUGAGGCUUCAUCUGUUUAUAGCAGAAUAACAGAAAUACAGCUACUUGAUAACAAAGAAUACACAGGCUUGUUCUCGUCUGUCUGUUCCUCGACUUCUCUCAUUCAUUGCACUCAUCUGAAAUAACUAACUAGCCACCUGUCAAGUGUUUUCAGAUGAAUGGGGAGGAGAUGAGGAGAGGAUGGGUUUCUAGCCGUUGAGAAAGAACUUCCUGACACGGCUGAUUUGAGCUCAAUCUCUCUCUGUCUCCUCUGGUUCCAGGUGUAUCUGAAUGCAUCAUCAUGGGAAUCCCCAUGAACAUCGGCACAGGACUGUUCAAGCUCUUACACAAGGCUGACAAGGACCCCACGCCACCCAGGAGACCCCUGCUCUUCGACUGCAGCGACUUCCACAUCCCCUUGGUUACAUAGCGGAACCCGGGACUCUGUCCUAGUAGAACCCAGGACUCUCUGUUCCACACCCCAAACAUCUAGUAAUGUAAUAGAACAUGUUCCUUUAGCAGAUGCUUUGGUCCAAAGGCACCUACGGUUACAUAGUGGCACAUGUACGUGAUAUGUGGCCCCAUGUGGGAAUCAAACCCACAACCCUCACUGUACUGAUCUGCUCAAGGCACACUCACCUCAUUGUAUAUGCUGCUUUUGCUAUUGAUGAUUGACAGUUGAAGUGGUGAGGAGGUGUGUGUGUGUGUGUGUGUG